GGAGGAGGGCGCUGCUGGAUCAAGUCGUUUCGGCUCCCCUCCUUCAGUCUGAUCAGACUGAUUGAUCGUCGGGGUGCGUCCCGGAAGAUCCCCCCCAUUCGACGUGCACGGCGGAUCGAAGGGGGCGGGGUGGGAAAAGACCGUAGCGUGGUCGCGGAUGGCACGCAGAUGAAAGUGUGUGGGUGGAUGAGGAAGUUCAGAGCGAGGAUUGAUGGGCACACACCUACUGUACUGGCACUUAGCGCAGCAGCGGCAGCGACACAACUCCUGGAUCUGCGUCCAUCAAUACUAUAAAUGAUGACCAUGACAGUCACAGCUGCUAUUACCCUCUUCAUACUUCUCUUUCAAGGUGCUAGGUAAGUCUGUUCUCCUCAUUAAGUUCAGCUGAGAAGUGUAUUCUUUCGAGGCUUCAAAAGUUCACAUGAGAGUCGGUUUGGAAACUGCGCAUUUUGUGUGAAUGAGUUUGGCUGAAAACGCAUGUUUUUUUUCUUUUUUUAAAAGGGGCUUUCCCCGCGCGUGCACACACACGAGCACGCACGCACACACACGAAUACAGAGAGAAAUUGACAGCAAUCAUUGCUGUACCCAAACAGCUCUAGACUGAAUAUCAUUCACAUGAUACAUUUAAAGUCACUACAUUUAAGUGCAGCCCAAGGGAUAGGAGAUAGGCUACGUCCUAUUUUUGCGGCUGCGAUAGAGUAAACCCUGGUGUGCUUAUUGCAGGAGCUCUUAAGUAAUAUAUUAAAAUUUAAACGACCUAAUUCCUCCUUUUUAUCUCUGCCCUCCAGUUGCGAUCUACUGGAUUAUGGCGACGAUGAAGAUCACCAUCAUACCGCUGUCAAUCCAAUGCUGGUGCCCAGGUCACACCAGGAAGACGCCACAUUUAUACUCAACAAUCUGCUCAAGGAAUAUGACAAGACGCUGCGACCAGACAUUGGAAGUAAGAUUGCAUGAUAUGGAGUAAAUGGGUUUAUAACUCAAUGAGGAGCAGUGUUGUUGGUGCUGUCCAUGGUGCUGAUGCUGAUGAUGCUUGGAGGUAUUGGAAGUCACUAAACUGUGUCUAGACUGAUUAUCAGCUUGCUCCUGGUCUCCAAUGAGUUGUUGUCUGUCAGGUCAAACUUAAUACUUUGAAUACAGGGCGUAUGUUGUGUGUCUCUGUGCGAUCAUUCUGUGUGGUGUCUUGUUGAGUUGGUAGAUGACGCUGAGCUCAAAAUCAUUUCUGUGCCGCUUGAUACAACCAACAAUAAAAAAAAACAAGAUUAAUUAAAAUCACCGCAUGGCCUCAAAAUCAACUCUUAAUUAUCUGUAACUACAGUAUCUGACUGUGUUGAUAAUAGUGAUGGGCACAGCAGUUCUUGCACUGAUGUACUGAAUCACUAGAAUCAGUUCACUAAAAAGAUUCGUUCAAAAGAUUCGUUCACCAAAUCGCCGAAUCAGCCUGCGACUCCAACCUCCUGAACUGAUACACAGCUGAACAGUUCAGGAUUCACUUGAAAUUAACUUGUUUAUAAGUCAUGAUGUUUUCAGUGUGCUGUCCUAUGGUAUGCUAUUUAUUAGGUCUGCUUAAUAAGUUGGGGUCAGUGAGUGAUUCGUUCACCGCUGCAAUGAUAGGAUACUGCGGGUUUAAUGCACUACUUGUUACAUGCUGUGUCCUGUUGUAUGCAAGUUGUUGUGGUGGUAAUUUACCAGUGAAAACAAAGGGUAGUUUUCUCCAACAAAAAUGAUUCCAGAGAGUGUAGUUCAAUGCCUGAUUUGUUCACCAGGUGAUUCAGGCGUCGGUGCAUGCGGUCCCUCGUUCGCCGGCUGCUGGCCUGGCAAUGCUGUUUCUCAUUUCAGCUCAACUGAAGUGAGAAACGAACAAAUCACUCGAGGGAUUGAUUCCGUUCAGUAUGUUCGCUUAAAAGAUUUGGUUCUUUUGAACGAAUCGUAUGCGAACGACACACUACUAGUUGAUAAAGGCAGGUACAAACUAUAACAUGCUAAGAGGACACAAACAAGAUCUGGAAAUGGUUCCACUGGGUUUGUGCCUUCUUCAUUUGUCAACAAGACAAUGCCAAAUCAGAUUCUGCACAUACUAUAAUAGCAUGGCUCUGUAGUAGACGAGUCUACUCUGGGAGCUAAACCCAUAGCCCCAACUUUAUUUCCCAUCACAUACAUUUAGUGCAUCAUGAAAACACCCUAAACCACUGAGCUGCUGUAACCCCAUAUCGGGGAUCUCAUCUUGGAGAUACCUGGAUCUCAUAUUUAAAACCAAGUUACGCAUAAAAAAAAAAAAAAAACUUAAGCGAUUUACUAUUCACAAAGGCUCACCUCACUGGCCAGCAUCCAGAGGUAGCAUUAGCUGAUCACAAAGAUCACAGUGAGCCUUUUCAAAACUUGAGUACUGAGCAGGAAGGGUUUAUUUAACUUGCAAUGCCAAUGUAUCCUUACGCAGAAGGUUUGAGUGAGGAGACUCUUUGUUUCAUUUUUUCAUUAUUUGAUUAAACAAAGAAGAAAUAUUUCUACCCAUUUUUCAAUUUUAUAUUGGAAUAUGGAGUGUUCAAUGAAAGGAGCCAUUUUUUAGCCAAUCAGAGUUUUCCUUUUAUGCUGUUGCUGUGGUGGUCUGAACAUAACAUUAUUGAUUGCUCUGUCUCAGUUGUGCAAAGACCGAUCUUCCUUUUAAAUGGGUGGACUUCACUUUAGCACUCUGGUUAUCAUAGAUUUAUCAUAUGUGCCACAUUGGCUGUGCUGCUGUGAAACAUCAGGGUGCCGGCCAUAUUGGAAAGGGCAGGUCUGCUGUGUUUGGGUAUUCUGAAUAAAAGCGAUUACUUUAACAUGCAACUCACCGAAAUGUUUUUUUGUUGUUGUUUUUUCGUAAUAAAUAUUUUUAAUUAAUUUACUUGUUUAUUAAAUAUAAAAAAUAGUCAUUGAGUGGUUUUGAGACAAAAACAAAAAAAAUUAGCAAAUCAAAAAACAUCUGUAAAGCACUGACAGUCAGUUGGGUGUCCUUUAUCUUAUUUUAGCCUUGUUUUUUGUGUGUUUAUAUAUAUAUAUAUGUACUUUUGAUACAUGCUUUUAUAUACUUGUAUCAAAUCAAUACGAUCAACAAAUUACUAAAAAAAACCACCUGAAUACAAUCCAAUAAAUGAUAAAAAUGUCCACUUGUAGUUUAUUAGUUCCCGAAAACAUCUAAUGUGUCUCAAUGAGAUAAAUAAAUAUAUUUGUUAAAUUUUAAGGACAUUUUUUUUUCAGUAGUAAGUGAAAUUAACAUUUCAGCUCCAAAAAGUGUAAUUUUCUCGUCAUGAUUUGUGGCGUUAGGCAUUAAAGGGCUGUCACUGCGCUAUUUUCACAGCAACGCACUUACAACUGAAUCCAAUCCACUUUCUCUUAGGUAAAACUCCAAACUCAAUCAAACUCCAUGCCACGUUUUGUUUAUCUCCAGUAAGCUUUUUCAUUGUCGGUAUGAGUGUGUAUUGGGCCCCGGAAAGUGGGUGGGACAUAUUAGAGCCACUGUGAUUGGUCAGCGUGAUAUCAACGUGACUUCUUCCUCCAAUGAAUGAGUUGUUCAUACCGGACACACACAGGUGUUGUCUAAAGAUGGCAAUUUGCGAAAAGAGUGAGAAACGUCUUGGUAAAAGUCCGAAACGGUUGCCGGAUUUACACCGAGGCAUGAACAAUAUGACUAACCUCCGAGUUUACUGGAUAUAUGCCGAUGACAAAACCGUAAACCCUGCAGCGGAAUAACCUAACGCAAGUGUUGGAGCCGCGGAGAGUGGCGCCGCGGCGGCUACAGUGACGAUUACACCGGCUGAGAAGGCGCUGCCUGCGGGUGAGAGAGGCGGAAGACACCGGAGAGAUUACCACGGUUUGCUGCCGCUGACUAGGUACCAAGAAAGACAUGUUUUUUUUUACUUCUCACGUUUUGCGUUAGAGGAUUAGGGCCACUGAAAAAAUAGACUUGUAUUCACAUUUUUAAUUAUUAAUCUGUGAAAAAAGUCAGAAUUCUGAUUUAGGAGUCUUCAGAUCUAGACCUCGCUCAUUGUUUGAUAAAUUAUCAAGACCAAACCUAAAAUGGGACAGAUUUGGCCCAUCUCAUUUAACAUGAGUCACAGUGGCAAGGAAUAACUUCCUUUUAACAGGCAGAACCCUUGGGAAGGACCAGACUCAUUCUAGACAGCCACCAAGCCGCUGCUGGAUUAGGGAGGAAUACAGAGAGAUAGGAAGGGAGAGAGAGAGAGAGAGAGAGAGAGAGAGAGAGAGAGAGGGAGAGAGAGAGAGGGCAGGGGGAGAGAAAGAUAACAAGAUAGAGGGAAGGAGAGAGAGAAUGAGUAAUGGAGAGGGAGGGAGAGAGACAGGGGACAGCAGCAACAUUAAAACAACAGUAACAACAACAGCAACAGCUCAUGCAGAGCAAGAAAGAUGAAACAAUAUGGAUUCAGUUAACGGGAUCAGGAUAUAAGUAAUUAUAGACUAUGUUAAAUUUAAUGUGAUUACAGUCAGCAGUAAUAGUAGUGAACUCUAGUUUUAUGUUAUUAAUGUGAGGUUGAUGUUCAUGUCUGCAGCAACAGUCCAGAGAGAAGAAGGAGCUCAGGGCCUGAGGUCAGGCAGGUCCACAGCAGCCAACCGUCUGUAGAAUCAGUCCAGAGGAACCUUGGAGACUGGGGGGCUCAGAGACAUACAGAGAGAUCUGGUUAGUUUUUUGGAUAUAGAUGAUCCCCUCUAUGGUGAUCUUCAGACUUGGAGGCUGCUGAACUUCUGCUCUUGUGUGUGUAGGUGUUUCAGAACCUCGAUCAACUGGAUCACAACUAAAAAACCAGACCAUCAACCAGUUUGUUUGAAAUUUCUGCUAAGUCAGGCUGCUCUGGACCAGUUCAGUGAUCAUGAAUUGAGGCUGAUGCAGAUAGGGGGACUUUUAACACCCUGGCUUAGAGGAAUAUUGUUCAGAGGCAGGAUUUAGGAUUUGAAGCUCUUUAAUAUCUUUAUAUCUCUUUUAGCUCUGAGUAUAAAACUUCACUUUGUAUCCUGGAGUUCCUAUCGUCGAGUCUGAGCAGCCUUCAUAUGUGAAGUGAGAAUUUUCGAAAUGUCACGCUCCAGAUCCUGCUUAAAAUAGACUUUGUGGAGCGUCUCCGGUACAUACACUUAUCUUUAGAUCAUUAAAGAGUGUUUAUUGUGUUCUCAGGGUGUUUAAACUGGCCAAGCAAGUCAUUGACAUGGGAAUUAACUUUUUUUUUUUUCUUUUUACCCCCACUGGCACCGAGCUUGACUUGGUUCAGGUUGGCAGCUCAUCUCACUGUCAGGGAAACUCCCUCAAGCUCUGCUUACCCAAUUAGGGAUGAAAUUUUGAUGAGACUUAGUUGACAAACCUCAGCGUUUCCAUGAAAUGUUAAUACCCGCGCAGGUUCUGAGAGGUAGCAAAAAAACACAGUGUUUGUGUGUGUACACAUUCGGAUGAACACACUUGAGGAUAACGCUGAGUCAAAGACAGAUCUGGGACAUUUAAGUCAUUGUAGAAUCAUCUUAUCAUCUUAAUACACACUCACACACACACACACACACACACACACACACACACACACACACACACACACAUAAAAAACAAUUACACUCACACAGGCAGCCAACUACUGAAGUCAGCGCUGUGUGGCUCAUUUUUGACGUACACCAGGAGCUUAAAUAAAUCAAACUCAUCCUCUUUAUGCGCUCAGGUACUCAUUAAGAAUAAACACAACUCACAAAGUAUUAAAGGAUAGCUAUGCUGUUUAAAACAAGCUGAAAUUUAACAACAAAACACUGGGAUAGUCUUCCUUGUUAGUACUUUGAAGCAGUAAGUCUGUGGUACAACCAUGAAGAAGCAACAGGUGGAGAAAGGAGAGCAGGGAGAGGAGCAGGAGGAGGGGAGGUACCCCGGUAGAAAUGACAUCCAGAACAGCUAUUUAACAAACAAGACAGACUUGAAGCAUGCAGUUGUUUGUCAGCUGAUGAUAUGUGUAGCUCCUCCCAUCAGCUCCCAGAUGUGCAAGACUGUGCAGGAGACAGAGAUGAGUGAUUCAGACUGAUGUGACGUCUUCCGCUAUGAAUUGAAUCUGUGCAGGGAUUUAAUAUGAUGAGCAAGAUGCCGGCAAUCCUGCGCCGAAACUCAAUUCCAGAUGUGUGUUGUUGAGAAUUUCCUCUGUUACAAUCAUCUCAUGAUCCUCUGAAGCCUUAGAGUCAAGGUUUUUGUUUAAUAUACGUAGCCUCUGUUCAACAUAACAGGGUAAUUGGUGUGGUUCCUAUAGGGCUGGGCGAUAUGGGAAAAAGUUUAUCACAAUAUAUAUUUUUUCAUACAAGUGGACAUCGAUAUAUAUAUCAUGUUAUAAAAAAUGAAAUUUAACAGUACUUAUUGGUAGCAUGUCUUUUGCAACACAAUAAGCUACUGCAUCCGUGAGGUCUUCGUGUCUCCUUGAUGUUUUGUCGUAAGGUGUUGCGAAAGCGGAAUGGUCGGCUGUUUCAGCUGCACAGGCGCCACGGGCUCCUCGCUCCACUUGGGGUUUGUAAUUUUUUGCAUUGUGCGUGCUCUGCUGCGUGGCACUGCUUCAGGUGGUGUAAAAGAUUUGAGGUAUUCCCAGACUUAAGGUCCUUACACACCGGGGAAAAACGCAAAUAUACAACGCAAAAUUACAAAAUAUUUGGAGGCGAAUUUUGACGCGCCUGACUAUACACAUCAGGUGCGAUUUUGCGAUUUUCCGGGGGGAAAAAAAGACACAGCCCAGGUGGAAGAGAGAAGACUGACACAACAGCAGACUGAGUUUUUUUCAUUUCUGGUUAGACACUAGUGUUGAGAUGUCUGUCUGUCAUGAUAGCAUUUACUGAGUCGGGGCCAGUACCAGAUAAGCUCAUUAAACUAUAAUCCAUAAACAUAAGGUAACAACCAAGACCUAAUGGUGCUGUGACAGCAACGCAAUUGAGUUUGAGACAGUGAAAAUACAUUUGGUAUGUUGUAUCUGAACAGGUUAGCUUACGAGCUAAAGUUACUUGGCACAGAUGAAAGUUAAAACAAAGACGUUUAGCAAACUGUUAAAGCACACAAACCAUCGUCAUAUGAGAAAUCCGACGCUAUGACUCUCCACAAGUUGUCCUUCAGGUCAUUAGCUUUGUAAUAUUUGUGUCUUUAAUCAAAAAGCACUCUGUUUUCUGACACGUAAACAAUCAGCCGGUCGGCCAUGUUGGAUAUACCGGUGAAUCAGACGUCACAACAACACGAAAUCUGCAACAGUGCUGUCGGCCUCACGUGUUGAAGUGCAAUGGUUGCGUGUAGCUUCAGCCUGCUACUACGCAGUUGUUUGCUACUUGGUUCUAAUUCAGCACAUGAUUGGUUUAAAAGAACUCCCCUUUUCAUUGACUAUUCAUAUAGUCUACCCAAACAUGGCAGAAUGCCGUCUAUGGAAAAGGAUAUUGACCAUGUUUUAUAUUGAUGGAAAUGGAUUUUUGAUAUAUAUCGUUAUCAUUUUAUCGCCCAGCCCUAGGUUCCUCUUUCUUGUUUUUCUUCUGUCUCUUCCAGUUCUUGCGAAGUCUGCACCAAGUAUGAUUUACAUGUAAAGUGGGGUGCUGGUCCACUUAUGAAAAAGCAAUCCAUAUUCUCCCAGAGGAGAUCAAGUGUUGAGCCCCACCUUAACCAAUAACAAUCAGUUUGUAUUAGAUGAGGAUGAGAUGUUUUUGUGUCCCUAUUGUGUCACUUUCCUUUGGGUACAGAAUGUGAUCAGCGUCUUUGAUCGGCGUCUGUGAUCAGUGCGAUCCUCAUGUACAGCAGGAAGACGUGCGUGCAUGUGUUUGUGCGCACGCUCAGCUGGGAAUUGAGGACAAAGCCCGGUCGAGAUGGAGGGCUUUGCGUGCUGUGAGGCCUCUUCAGCCACGCACAUAGAUUUUACAGCCAGGGAUGAUUUAGGGAGUUCAAUUAAUUGGAUCUGAGCUCAAACCUAAAAAUACACCAUUCUCUCAAAAAUUAUGAAGGACUAUAAAUUUGGGAAAAGUUCCAGCCUGUGUGCCCACAAGCACUUGGAGUUUUUAGAAAAUAUCAACUGCUGCUGAGCUGCCAUCCUCCUCUUCACCUAAAGCAACCAGACUUCAGAGAGUCCCGUUAGUUAAAAAUCUUACGUUUAGCCGCUCAGACGCUCUUUUCUCUUCUGAUUAGGCUGCAAAUCCAGUCAAGCCGAUGGUUUUUCUGUGUGGCCAGGUUGCUAAUCCAGUUGCCCCAUGUGUGCGAUCGCAGCGGCAGACACUCACCGAGGGCUGUAAUUGUCCGUAACUAACAUGCUAUUGAUCUAAACUGACUGACCGGGGUUGCUGCAAUCAUAUCUGCUAUUAUUGACUCCCUGAAAGUGUCUGGUGCUGACAAUUAAGUCUGUGGGUGGGAGUGAGAAAGGAAAGGCUAUGUGUGCAUAUAAAUAAGAGGUGUGUGUUUAUUUGUGUGCGUAACAAGCAGCGAUUGUUUGAAGUUGUUAUCUGCAUCUAAAUGCGUUCAUUGCCCUUGUUUAUUCACAGGAUUUCUCUGUUUGACUCGCCUUACGCACUUUAAUACACAAAUGAAGUGUGCAUUAUUCAGACGUGUGGUGGUGUCACUAAAGAGAGAGGGGUCUUUGAUUUCCAUGAAAGCCAGCUGCGUGUCAGAAAUAGAACCAGAGACCUGCUCAGUCAGACAUCAUCGCCUUGCUCUCUUUCCAUCCGUUUUCUCACUCACUCCCUCCAUCACCUCGCGCCUCUGUGUCUCCAUCCCCUCGUGAUCCAUCUCCCGUCCCCCCUCCCGUCCCCCGCCUCCUUGCUUACUAUGAAUUACUGGCUUGCCACAUAAUUCACAUCAGUAUUUGUGGUCCAGAUUUGGAAUCCAAGUGGAGGUCUGACCCACUUUGCAUCCUAUAUCAAAAUCUCAUAUAUUUGUUUCUGAAGUCUUGUCAGAUUCAAUUACUCCAGUGGAAGCAUGAGAGCGGAGGAUGGGAUGUAAGCACCGCAGCAUUUUGGUUUCAGUGAAUGCUUUUCAUAUCCUUGUACAGUCCUAAAUUUCAUGCACUCAGUCAGUGCACCUUUUCGAAUGAAUCUAAUGAAGCUAAUCUGCUCAACUAUCUAGCUAAUGUGUAUUUUUUGCGCAUGAGGAUCUGCUGAAAUAACUGCACACUGCGAAGGCCAAAGUGGGACAGUUUUGUACCUCCAUGAGCAUAGCAACGGUGGAGUAAAUCAGCUGAUCCUAACGCCAGCUGAACGCUCAGCUGAUGGCAAAUAUCAGUUGAAACUGAUUCAGCCACAAUCACGCUUUUCUUGUUUUGUUUCAUGUUGCGUGGGAGGCAACCAUCAGAUGUGUCUGUCUGUCUCUGGCGUGAACUGUUUUGUGUUUUACUGCAAACCCUGCUUUAAGCAUGAUCAAUGCCUCCACCCCCUCUUCUCAGAAUUUAUCAAUGCAGCGCAGUUAUGAGACAUCAUGUGGAUCUGCGUGAUAAAAAACAUCAAUCUUUGUUGUUCGCUUUAUUUUUUCACUCUAAUCUGAGACUCCAGGCUGCGGUGGAGUCAUUUUAAUUCACAGAUAAACUGCAGAACUGUAAAGCCAGGGACAACAGUCCGUGAUCACCCGCCCGGCUGAGCGGCCUGUGCGGCGUGUGUGUGUGCAUGAGAGAGAGAGAGAGAGAGAGAGAGAGAGGUUUGAAAACAGUUAUAAAAGUCAGGUUUGAAACAGUUAUAAAAGUCAUUUUGAUCCAAAAUCAUCACCAGACUUGUUAUUUUGAGGUUUUGAUUCAGUUGAUCCACAGAAAUUGGCUUUUUGAAAACAUUUAGACUGCUGUUAGGAGGUCACAUCAGCUCCCAGGACAAGAGGAUAGUACUUAAAGCGGGGCACACACAUAAGGAUUUUUUAAAUCUAAAGAGAUUUUUCAUCUGUUACAGACCUCACACAUGAAGAUAAUAAAUCAGGCAUUGAACAGUUUUGAUCGUACUCAGCACAGCACACCACACACAAAACGAUCCUGUUCCAUACUGAUCUAGAAUCUAGUCCUCCAAGACAGAAAUCUGGCAUGAUAAACGUGAUCGAACAAAAACAAAGAAGAAGAAACAUAGCAACAACUGGGAAACACAAGACGCAACAUGGAAGAGCACACACAAGAGGAGCGAAUGAUGGUGGUUUUGGGAGUAUUUUUGACAGAAAAAUCCCGUACUAAAUCUCGUACUACCGUAGGCCGUGCUUUAUUUUUGUUCGCUUUAUUUGGUUCCUUGUUCCUCAGUCAGCUCGCUUCUUGAUUGGCUACAUUCUGUUUCACGUGACAAUUCACCGAGUCAUGACUCGGGAGUCGUCGGCUUUCCCCACACACGUGAAGCUUUUUGGUUGUAAAUAUUGAAAAAGUUAAAUAUUUAUGAUUGUUGGCCCGACCCGUGUCAGACCCAAUUAUCGGGACAAAUUCACUCUUCAUGCACCUCAGACCACAGAAUGAUCUUAUUGGAUCAUCCUAGAAGACAUAAGAUAAUCUUCCGAUUGUCAUCCUUGGUCGGGAGGGGGAAAAUCGGGACAAAAACAGCCCAAUUAUCUUUAUGUGUGUAUCCCGCUUAAGUGUGUGAUCUGUGUAGUAGGGGUGGGAAUCCCUCGUGAUAUCAUCACAAUACUUUGGCCACGAUAUGAUAUUAUUGCGAAUUUUAACAUUUUGCAAUACAGUGAGUAUUGCGAUACAAUAUAUUGUGAUUUAUACAAUUUUUUCAACUGUUUAACUUAUUUAGCAUUUUGUUUUUACUUUAUGUUUGUCUUAUUUACACAGUACUUUAUUUUCAUGUAGCACUAAUUGCAAACCUUAUAUACAUAUAUAUAUAUAUAUAUAUAUAUAGGUCUAACUUUCUCUUGCUAUAUGAUUUUCCAUUAUCAUAGAUUUGAUUUAAAUAAAAAAUUCCGGGUCAAUGAGACAAUAUGAUAUAUCCAUAGACUGUUUAUAGAAUAGACGCCGUCUACCUCCUCACUGGGUGAAGCCACUCAGAGAACACCACCCUCUGUUGACGGGCUGCAGUAUAGGUCAUAAAUCCUGCCUCCGCCAGCAAAGCUUAGGGGCGGUGUUGACAUGUAGUUACUGUAAGAAUGGUUUGUGCUCAAGUCCUCUUUUUUUCUGUACAGCUCCAUUUUUAAAAGUUAUUAGGGGGUUCUUGUUUUCUACGAUUGACACCUGAUACAGCCUAUGGGCGUACGAAGAUUGUGUAGCUCACCCCGGGGAUACGUUGUUUGAGCCGAGCGUCCUCACAGCGACUCUCGGUGACUCUCCCGCCGAAUGCGUACCACGCUACCGCGCAAUGUUGGUUUCAGGAAAUGAAGAAAAAUCACAGAAAUACCGAGAGCGUUUCAGCUUCAAAUCCAUAUACUGACGGGAGGCUGAACCAAGUUGUCCAUAGUAUUUACAGUCUAUGGAUAUAUCACCAGACAAAAUAUUGUGAUACUAUGCUGUGUCGAUUUUUUCUCCCACCCCUACUAUGUAGAAUUAAACUUUUCUGAAGCAGGGUAAAAGACAAACCUUAACUUUUCCACCCCUGGCUUUGAGGCUGACUUGACCCCGGCAGGUCUCCCCUCCUUGAUCCUCAAAGAGCUGACAUUUGGCACAGCAGUGACACCUCACCGGCUGAAAGGACAAUUCUCAGCUGGGCCUCUUCAAUAUUUCACGUCCAGUGACAUUUUAUUAGAUGAAGAGGAGUUUAAGUCCUGGCAAAUGAUUCUCCUCACAUCAUGGGUAGGGGGGUUAGGAGAGCUGACAAUCACCCGGGGGAAGAAGGUGUGGGGGGUUCACACAGUGGCGCACACUCUCAGGUGCACACGCAUGCAAGCUGGUGGAUGGAGUAACCUUUUAAGCGCUCUAUGAUGCAAAUGUCCUUUGUGUGUAUGAGUGUGUGUGAGUGUGUGUGUUAAGCGUGCUAAGAAAGAUAAGACUGAAUAUAUUUUCAGACAUGUGCUGUUUUACAGUAAAUGUGUGCUUUUAUAAGUUUAUUCCCAAUCAAAAAAAAAAAAACAAGUUAUAGAGCUUCCCCUCCGUCAGCAUUCCCAAGAUAAUGAGAAACCACAAUGGAGAGGCCAAGCAAUCACGUAGAGCCCUGAACUGGACGGCUGAUAGCGAAGAGCGGUGCAUUAGGUGAUAAUAAGACCAAGCUGGGUCCAGAUCAUGGCUGACACAUUUCCCAUCCCUGUGAGGUCUAACCAUUUAAUCGAUUUCCAUCUGUGUCUCUCAUUUCUAUCCCACUUCUGCUAAAGUACUGUUGGUUAGCCAAGAAUCUGGGUUCAUCAAGAGUUAGGGGAAACUUUUUUGUCUCCUAGUUAAAAGAUUGUGUCUGGAUCUCAAAAGUGGGAGUGUGUAGGGGUAAAAGGCCACCUGAUACUCUAUCUUUUUUCCCAUCAAGGAUAUUUAAGCAGCAACUUCUUUGAUAGCAUGCAUCCAACGCUUAAGAGCAGUCGUUAGAUUUUGUAAAUGUCCUGGAUAAUCAAAUGCUGAUUUAAUUUGCAAUAUGUCCUCUUAACUUCAUGCAUAAACAUGUGUUUGCGCGCAACAAGCAUCCCCCUAUCCCCACCCCUAUUUUGCAGGGUUAUUGCUUGGCGUAAGCCGUGUGAUUGCCCAGUGGCGAUUCAUAAGCGGCAAGACCUUUCCCUUUGCCGAGUUCUUAUUAAACCUCACAGGCAGGAGAAACACCUUCCCUCCCCAGAUCUUUUAUAUUGGAUUCAGAAAGCUGAAUACAAGCUGGAACAGUACAGUAUGUGCUCGUCUGGCUACUCACACACCUCCAUGCACAAACACAAACACAGCAGCUCAGUAAAUACACCUACACAACCAGUCAAUAUCAGUCUGAUGGGAAAGUCUUUUCAUUGAGAUUAACAGCCUUUCAGCAUUCAUAAAGACAAAAGGAGUUUCAUCCUCAAAUAGCUUGAUAUUAUCUUUGAACCCUGACAAUGACUAAGUUUCAAUCAACAUCAUAUUUGCUCUUGUGAAAGACACUGUGCAUGGUCGAAAAGUGAGGCAUUAAUUUUUACAGUAUUUUCCUGUAAAUGAAAGAAUCGAGUAAAUAAGUUAAUAAGAUAGUUUUAUAGUUAAAGAUUUUAUGCUUGCUCACAGAAAAUUGUCAUAUUUUGUUCUCCUUUUAUAAAGGGAUGUUCAUUGUAGCUUAAAAUGUUAAUCAAUAUUUUACAGUAUUUUCCUGUAAAUGAAAUUUUGAGUGUUGAUGAUGAGGUGUUAGUUUUACAGUUAAAGUUUUAAUGCUGGCUCACAGAAAAUUGUCAUAAUUUGUUCUACUCUUAUAAAACAAUGUUCAUUGUAGCUCAAAAUGUAAUUCGAUGUUUUACAGUAUUUUCCUGUAAAUGAAAUUUUGAUUGUAUAAGUUAAAGUGUUAGUUUUGUAGUUGAGGUUUGAAUGCUGGCUCACAGAAAAGUGUCAUAUUUUGUUCUACUGUCAUUUGGCAAUGUUCGUUGCGGCUCAAAACGUUAUCCAUCUUUUACAGUAUUUUCCUGUAAAUAAAAGAAUUGAAUAUAUAAGUUAAUAAGAUAGUUUUAUGGUAAAAGUUUUCAUGCUUGCUCACAGGAAAUUGUCGUAUUUUGCUCUCCUUUUAUGAAGCGAUGUUUGUUGUAACUUAAAAUGUAAUCCGUUAUUUUACGGUAUUUUCCUGUAAAUGAAAGAUUUGAGUGUAUAAGUCAAGAAGAUAGUUUUAUAGUUAACGUUCUUAUGCUGGCUCACAGAAAAUUGUCAUAUUUUGUUCUACUUUCAUAAAGUAAUGUUCGUUGUAGCUCAAAAUGUUAUCCAUUAUUAUACAGUACACUUACUGUGAAAGCUGGAAUAGAGAUGUGAGGCUGAUCUUCAGAAUAGCAUCUGACCGCUGAGGCCUGCACUCCUCCUUAAACAUAUGGGAAUUGAGCGGUCAUCUGGGAUCUGUAUGUCUUCAUGAGUGUGUGUGAGUGUGUGUGUGUGUUUUCCAGGUCUGACAAUGCGUAAUGCAUUUGUCAUGCCAGCCAAGCCAAGCGGGCAUAGAAGCCUUUUCAUUUUAAUCGAGGCCCACUGGGUGAUGUGGUAAUACAGAUGGGGCCUGUCAUGCUUUUUUAAAAAGCAAGGCAAUGAGGAGGAGGAUGAGAAACAUAAAGACGAGAAAUAAAGAUUCAUUUGGCCUCUGUGGAUCAUGGUUCCUCCACAGGAAGAGUAAAAUUGGGUUAUUGAAUUCAAGUAUGGCGAGAUACCAGGGAUGCAAAGAUACACUGAUCCAGCUGCACCGCUCUGCAGCAUCUUGAAACUUGUCUUUCAAACUGGCGGAUGGUCCAGUUUCGAAGUUGUGGUCUGGUUUACUGAGCGCUCUGAUGCUUUGAGACUUGAAUAUUGACCCUUAACCUUUUAUAAGAGCGAUGGUUAAGUGCCUGUGCAUCCGUUAGCUCAUGGGGGAGACGCAACAACGUCAGUUAGAGUCUUCAUCACAGGAAUCAAGUCAUGUGGACAUGAUAAGCCUUCAGAGGUCGACACCAGUUCUGUACUUGUAAAAUUAGAAAAAAAUGAUAGGUGUUGGUCUUGCUGGUAUUGGGUUAAAAAAAAGUCAGUGAACUUUCGUUUUCGUAGGUUGGUCACCCUCUAUAGGGUAUCUUUGGAGUCUUAAAAAGUCUUAAAACAUCUAAAAUCCAAUCAUUUGAAUUAAGGCCUUUUAAAUGUCUAAAAUUCUCUUAAAAUCUCAUAAAAUGCCUCAAAUACGAUUCUGAAAGGUCUUAAAAAUUGAUUGAUAUGAAGUAAUGGAAAAAGUUUCGAUUUCCUUUCGUGUCUUUUGUACUUUUUUUGCCACUAUGAAUGUAAAAUGGGUCUAAAAUUAUAUACAUUUGGGUCUUAAAAAAACUCUUGAAAUUUGACUUGACAUUGAAACCUGCAGAGACCCUGCCUCUUCUCCUCUUCCUCCUCCUCCUGAAGCUCGAUAGAUAUAUGACGUUGACAUCCCUGUUGGGAUUCAACUCACAAAAUCAAAUUAGACCAAACUGAAUUGCCUGUAAUCAUCCUUCAGUUGAAUGAUCAUUAAAUCUGCUCCUAGCCAUUCGGCUUGGAUUGGAUCGUCUUGUUUGAUAUAUUGAUUAAGUUUCUUCACAUGGUGAUUAGAGGCUGUUUGAUUGUUUUCUAAUGAAAAAGCAAAAGAAGCUACCCUCCGAUGUAUAAAAGACACAAACAGCUGCAAAGAAGGAAAAAAAAAAACGCGCCCUGAAUAUUCUCCUUUUCACAGGGGUUAUUAUUACCUAUGCAUCAUGAAUUUGCCAUGUGUUAUUAGGUCAUAUGUCAGGUCAGCUCAGCAUCUGUGGGGGUUUUGUUUAUUCAAGGGCUCCCCCACACGUCCAAAGAAAAGAUUAAACCUUGGCUGGAAUCAGUGGGUUGUGUUCUCCUUUAAGAUGGACUAUAAAGCGAAUCUGCCUUCUGUCUGUAGAAAGGUUUUCCAGUUUUUAGUAUCUCUACCUCAAUUACACACUUUGGUGUAAAUUAAGGACGACUCCCUUCAGGUUGUUACAGUUUUAAGAUGCUGCUGACCUGCUAAGCUGCAGCAAAUCAGCUUUAUACACCGUGCUUUUCCUCCUAGGGGUUUUCACUUUUGGUUUUUGUUGUUAGUUCAGGUUCUCUCAAGGUGUCUGUGACCCAAAAUCCAAACGCAUACAGAUGAGUCGGACAGGUCUUCAUUGCCAACAUUGUGGUGGGAGCCUUAAGGUUGCCAAUUUGAUCUGCAAAAGCAAACUAGACCAAUCAAUGCAAGUCUGUUCCGGCCAAAACGAAGCAUGGAUUUUCUCUCUUUUGUUCUAUCACCUAUUGCUCGGCACAGUGCUGUAUGAAUCAUGAACAAAGAACUGAUUUAUGAAGAGCAACUGUGUCAGUGUUCCUCAUUGUCUCGUCACUGGAGCAGAACAUGCUUUUGGAAUUGAAUCAAUGCCUCCCAGAAGGCCGUCACUAACCAAAAGUGAGUGUUUGCAUCAGUGGUCCAGCACAGCAGGUCCCCGAGGACAUAACAUGCAGAUGCGAGCUCAUGAGCACAUCAUCGCACACUUCAAGUUGGGGAUUUACAUCUUCACAAAGCAUACUCAAUCACAUAACAGUGAAUGUACAUGCUGUAAAUUAACAUCUGACCUAUUUAUUGUCUGGAAUUUCAAUGCACCAUAAUAACCCGUUAAAAUAAACGUAACAUGGAUCAGAGUUUAGAGAGGAAAAAAGCAGAAAGCUGCAAAUUUUUGACUGUUUUAGAAAAUGCCAUAAAAACUGUUUUAAUUAAAGGUGCGUACCGUGAAAUUUAAAAUUUAGGUGAGGUCUUUUAAACGGAUUGAGGAUGUGCUCUCAUAAUCUUGGACUUGAAACUUGAAACACUUUAUUGUCAUCAUACAGAUGAGACAAGAUUAAAGGUCCAUACACACCAGGAACGACGCAAAUAUAUGACGCAAAAUUACAAAAUAUUCGGAAGCGAAUUUUGAUGCGCCCGGAUAUACACAUCAAGCGCGAUGCGAUUUUGCGACUUUCCAGGGGGAAAAAAGAUGUGUCCAAGUUGGAAGCGAGAAGACUGACACAACAGCAGACUGACGGUUUUUCAGUUCUGAUUAGACACUAGUGUUGAGAUGACUGUCUGUCAUGAUAGCAUGUACUGAGUCGGGGCCAGUACCAGAUAAGCACAUUAAACUGUAAUCCAUACAUAUAAGGUAACAACCAAGACCUAAUGGUGCUGUGACAGCAACGUGAUUGAGUCUGAGACAGUGAAAAUACAUAUGGUAUGUUGUAUCUGAACAGGUUAGCUUACGAGCUAAAGUUACUUAGCACAGAUGAAAGUUAAAACAAAGACAUUUAGCAAACUGUUAAAGCACACAAACCAUCGUCAUAUGAGAAAUCCGGCGCUAUGACUCUCCACAAGUUCUCCUUCAGGUCGUUAUCUUUGUAAUAUUUGUGUUUUUUAUCAAAAAGCACUCUGUUCUCUGACACGUAAACAAUCAGCCGGUCGGCCAUGUUGGAUAUACCGGUGAAUCUGACGUCGCAACAACACGAAAUCUGAUUGGUCAGAAGUGGACACACAGUAUGCAAAACUUUGGAAAAUUCGACUGAUAUUAAAAAAUAAAUACCGCAAUAUCGCAGAACGGGAAAACGUCGCUGAUGUGAACGCUUGUAUUGACAGGAUACGGGUUCGUAAAAAAAAAUUGAUAAUAAUAAUAAUAAAAAUAAUUGCACGAAAAAACGCUCCCGGUAUGUAAGGACCUGAAGAGCUGCCCAGUCGGUGCACAAACAGUAAAACAGACAAGAUAAUAAAACAGACGAUAUAAUAUAAAUAACAUAUAUGCAAAACAAACAUUUAUAGUGCAAAUCAAUAGGCGUGUGCAAUCAGGUCAGAGUGUGCUAGUCAAUUGGAGAGAUGAAGAGUUACUAUUAGGAUGCCAGCCACAGAUUAAAGCUCCUGUAGGAACUGUUGGUUUGUGCUGAAUUUGGCGCCCCCUGUGGACACAACAGUAAUUCUUUGAGUGCUUAAGUAGUUUCAUUUAAUUCACUGUGAGCAUUUAUGAUGGAAAUCAUAACAUAAUCAUAAUUAUGAUGUUUAAAUUGUCAGUCUUGCCCCGGAUGAUCUUGUUUGCUUUUGGAGGCAUGAAUGUAAAUUUCAAGUUAUUUUAUUAACAUUAAAAAAAAACUGCCCAUGGUAGGAUUGUUAAAGUGGCACCAAUGUCUCUGUGCAGUUUAGCUGAUAGCCAAUUAUAUUACAGGUGCUUUCCACAUUUCUUUCUUGUUAUUCUUAAUGUUUUUAGCUGCCUUGAUGGCACUGAAAUGCUUGUGAUUUCCAUCAUUUCAUCAGUGUGUCGCCUAUUUAUUGCAAUUUUUUGGUCUUAAUAGAGUCAAGGUUUAGUUUGCUAACCUGUUUUGAUCUUGAGCAUCAGCAUGCAUAUCAGCGCAAAAUACCAAUACCAUUACCAACAUGGCGAUGUUUAAUAGAUGUAAUGUUAUGGUUCAUAUCUUUUCUCAUUUCUGUGCUAGUAUUUGUGGAAAGUCGACCUGACAUGCAUUUCAAAAAGAUUGUCUGACUGAAACUGGGCUUUUAAGAUGCAUGUAAACGCACAAGUCUGACUUAAUCAAACUUGUCAUAGUCAGACUAACAUUCCUAGACAAUGCCGUCAUGUAUACAGCAAGGGUAAUCAGAAUUGACCCAGUAACACAAUCAGCUCAUGUAUGUUUUCAUCAGAAGCUGAGUCCUCCGUAGAGACGUUUGUGUUCACUCUGAUUGUUUUUAAGACAGAGUUUCACCUGACAAACACACAGACACUGACAUCCACGGACAGAGCUCAGCUUCAUCUGAAGAUGUCAGUGCUCAAGCCUUGUGUCAUUGGUUUGUGUGUGUGCGUGUGUGUGUUUGUGUAUGUUAUUAAGAGACCUAGAGGAGUAUCUCAUAAAAGAUGCCCUUUUUUCUGCUCCACACUUACCAAACACAACAAUCCAAGCUGCAGCGUUUUGUACAGUCUGUAUUUCUGAUGCUCGAAUCUGUGCUUCCUAGAACCAACCUAAAUGUUGUUGCCAAGAAAAAUUAACCAACAUCCUACAUACUGACUGGAAAUGCUAUUAAUUGCCAUGGUAACAGAGCAACUGCUUCAGGAGCCACUGUGGAGCUUUUCUGAUUUCAAGGCUUUCCUCUCUGCAUGGAUAGCUCUGCAUUUAGACCUCGACUUGUUUAUUUGUCAGAGUGGCAGUGACUAAUGUUACCGUUGUUUAAACUUGAUUACACAUCUGAUAUUUUGGCCACAGGACGAGACACUGUCAGAUGACAAAUGCAAGAGAAUGAUUGCAUAUAUAAAUCUCACAUUGCCCACCUACAACAUGUGCAGCUUACAUCAGUGAGUGUUUUUUUCUCUGACUCUUGCAGUGAAACCAACAGUUGUUGAUGUGGGCAUAUAUGUCAACAGCAUCGGGCCUGUGUCAUCCAUGGAUAUGGUGAGUUGGAAUGCUCCCUGUUCAUGUCCACAUGCAUUUGUCAUUUCUCCAACACUGCUAGCAUCAUCAUGCAUGAAUGCUACCAUUCCCCACUGUAUUUGAAGGUUUGUGCUUGUUGAGAAAGACAGCCGAGAAGCCAAGUGUGGACGAUUUGUCCAUGUCUAGGUUAUUUAACAUCACUCAUAUGCUCAUAUGAUCCACAAAAGAAUGAUUUCGUCAAGGAUCACCACACAUACACAGCAGGACGGGGCCUACUACAGUGUUAUAUUCCUCCUGCUGUCCCGCUUUUGUCUGUCUUUGGUGGAUUAUCAGCUCUAAACAUUAAACACUUUCCUGACUGAUUGUCUGACUCAGAGCAUUAGCUUUGAAUAUUGCGCAGUUAACUUUAUAAUGUAUAUUUUGCCAGGUAUAAUGCAUCAGGCCCGUUCUGUCCAAUAGCUGUUGAUACACUCAAAUGUGAUAUUGAUUUUUCUAGAUGAAGAGUCUCUCUCAAGACACCGCAAAUAUAUGUCUUUUGAAGAGCUGAAGAUGGUAUUAAAUGCAUUUUACCACUGAGCUUACUUUAAAAUCAGAUGUGAAGUUUGCACUGUUGCUUGGCAACACUAAAAAUCUUCAGGUAUAUGAGCAAUAAAGCUGUUUACACUGGAGCAAUGGUCUGCAUUUUCAAUGUGAAGGACUACAUCUUCUUCACCAAAAAUAAACUUCCAAAAACUAGUUUGCAACACUGAUUUUUAUGCACACGCACGCUUGAUAGUUAUCGAUCAGUUUUUUACAAGAACAUUGCUCAAAAGUCAUUUCCCACAUUUUGAAUAAAGAAAAUUUAAUUUGAUAAACAGCCAGUUUUUAGUAUGUUAGGUUUUGAGCAGCCACAAUGACCUAGUAGGUUACUAAUGAUGAGGUUAUAUACAAUGGAUGGCUCACUACAGCAGGCAGAAACCAGAGCAGGACCAGAGUCAUCUUAGACAGUCAUCAGAUGAGACUGCAUCGGGUUUAGGGAGGAGAUGCAGACAGAAAAGAGGCAGGUCUACGGCAGCAACACAUCUGCAGCAGCGAUCCAGAGGAAGCUACGGCAUGAAGGAACUCGGGGACUCGCUUUACAAGACCCCUUAGAGGAGCUUGAUCUCUGUACAUUAGCUCAUGUAUGAAAUAGAUAUCUAAUGUCUAUAUAGAUGAUGUGAUUUUAUUGGUGUCAAAAAAUUAGGCUAGUUCCAGUUACCUCGGAAGUUGGAUGUCAGAGCUGGGAAUGACAUUCCACCUGAGUUGACGGUGUUCCAGUUAACAAGUCAGAAAACCAAGAUGGACGCCUACAGCUAGACCCUGUUGUUAGUUGUUGUUAGCUAUACCAGUUGUAAAACACGCACAACACAGUAUUUUACUCUUACAAACACCAUAGCACCGUGUUCACAGUUAGCCGUUGGGCAGUACAACGUAUACCACUUAUUUAAUUUCACAAAAACAAAACAGAAGUGCUAAUAAAUAAUACCUUACAAGAGCUUUCACUGUUUCUCUUUACUGUUGAUGCACUGCGCUGCCAUCUUGAAUUAUGACGUUGUCGUCAAGGGGUUGGUGUCGGGGUGGGCAAGUAUCAUCGGACUUUCCGAGUCGGAAAUCCAAGUUCGGGGGGGGCGUUCCAGAUGAAUUUCCGACUCGGAAACAACUGGAAUGCGGCAUUAGGCCUCUAAAAAAUGACAUAACUUUGUAUUACCACUCACAUUAAACUAAACACGGCAUCCAUUCCCGUAAACCCUUCUUAGAUCUUCCGUUAAGUUUAGCAAAAACAUUUGACUGGUCUUUUAUUCUCUUAUCUUUUGAUGAUGUAUUACAAAUUGAUCAUUAAUCGACAUUAAUCAACUUUACAGAUCCAUCUAUAAAGCGCUUUUGUCUGUGUCUGCUCGACUGAGCCUCUCGCGACCGUCCAGGUGGAAAAGCCGAUUAAAACGAACACAUGAACAAGUAAAGCAGAUGUAAAACAGCAAAGCAACUGUCAGACAUGAAUUGUGAGAAGGCUUUUGCUGCGUUCGAGUUACCUCAGAAGUCAGAUAUCGGAGCUGAAAAUGACAUCACACCCAGAGUUAGCAGCGUUUCAGUUAUCAAGUCGGAAAAAUCAAAAUCGGAGGUGGAAACAAGAUGGCUACAUCUCCGAAAGGUAUUUUAGCGCUUGCCUUGUCCUUGUUAUAUUUGGACCUCAAAUACCCAAGAACUAUUUUUCUUUUAGCUUAUUUUAGUUUAUCAGCAAAUUAAUCCAGUAAGUUGGCAGUUGUUCCUUCAGGUGUUUUUGCAUAUUUUUUUAUUAAAUAAUGUGUUUUUUUUUCUUUUUAAAGUUUAUGAUAAACUUGUUUUUCAGAGCCUCACAUUAUUAGAAGUCUGGACAACUUAAAAAGAAUUUUGCAUGAAGAAUAAAAGCGAGAGAAAUCAGAGAGCAGACCACACACAGAGGCUGCAUGAGUGCCAGAAGACGAGCUGAAGACGGAGCACCGGGAAUCUGUGCGAGCAACAAUAUUAAUAAGUCAUGCUGUAACUAAAAUAUCAGGCUUUUGAGUAAAGAUAGCCCUUAGCUGUCCAUUUAUUUUCAAAAAAAAAAUAAAGAAGGCAAUAUGUAUUUUAUAAAAGCUGUGGAGGCUGGAAGUGGAUAAACCGUGUUACAGUCUAGUUGCCUGGACAUGGCCAACUAAAAAUAGAGCAAAUGUACCCACAAUGGCCGACUGGAAUAAUUUUAAUGGUCAACACUACACCUGGCGUUCUGAAGGCAGGAGGUUUUGGAUGGAGCUCUCGCACACAAAAAACAGUGCACAGCAGUUGCCUGAAAUCUGAUGUUACACAAACUCAUAGCUGUAGCCUGAAGGGUUUAGACUGAUCUGCAAGAAAUCUGUGCAACUAUCAACAUAACUGAUUGCAAGCAUGUAGUUAAACAGGAGUGGAAUUAAUCUGCGAGAAGGAGCUGGCUGUGCAAGUGAAACAGGAGGGUUUUAGGGAAAGUAAUGAAAAAUCAGUCAUUUUUUUACUCCAAAAGUAGAGAAAAAUGCUCUUUUUGAAGUAUCAUUCGGUGAGAAUGGAGACAUGCUGUCCCUGUGUUCUUGAAUAUAAGGGAAGAAUUACCCAGCAGAUUGCCUUAUUUCCCAUUUGCACCUGAAGCUAGCUUUGCAAACGCAUCUCAUGACUUUUAAGUCCCACUCCAAUCCUUUCCUUUUUUUUUUUUUUAACUACUACUUAAAGUGUUCUCAGUGGUCUUUAAGAAGAAUAGAAUAGAAUAGAAUAUUCCUUUUCCUUAUUCCUUUAUUGAUCCCCCAUGGGGGAAAUUUUUUUUAAAUUGUGAUUACGAAGUUUUUACCAAAAGUUGAGUUACCUGUGUCAUUUUUAAGGGCGUUUCUUUGGCAGAACUCCAGUAGAUCAUUAGCAAUUCGCCUCUGAGUCGUGGGCAGAGACCGCGCUGCUCUGCACACUUGUCUUCAUGUUAGCUUGUAGAAGACGCAGGUAACAUAGGAGCUAUUCAACUCUCGGACACUAAUGUCUUAAGGGACACGAUGAAAGCUGAAAUCAUAAUUAGCUUUCUCGCGAUCAUUGCAAUCCGCUAAUGCACACGCUCGUUCUGCGAUUGUCCUCUCUAUUUCACCUCUCUAUGCAGAGUGUGGCUUGCAUAGCAGAGCUCCGGGGGCGGAGCUUGGAUUGGUUACAUAUGAAAUCUCACUGUUUCUUAACCUGCAGUUUGGGCCUGCCAGAGAGUCACAGUGUAGUUUUCUUAUGAUAUGUCCUGUAGCAUCAGAAAAAUGCCAUAUGAACAUGUAAAAAACAAAAAAAAACGCGAUUUUUCAUCGGAGUGGGUCUUUAAAAUACUUCUAUAAGUGCAGAUAUACAACCCUAACUUUGAACUGGGGUUGUACAUCUUUACCCAUUCGACUGUAAGUAAAAAUCAUUGUCUAUAGAAGUUCAAUAGAGGAUAAUGUGCCUGUUUGAAAUAGGCCAACUACUCAUGCAGUUGUCUGUAGAGUCUGUAGUCGGUCAGUGGGGCAUGACUAAGGUCAGCUAACUUUGUUUCAGUGGAGAACGCCAUCCUGCUGUGACGUUCCAACGCUUUUCUUCCUACGCAAGCACUGACUGGAUUCACCCUGUCAGGGCCGAACGAUGCCGGUCAGUGGAACGUAAACCCUUUUCCCGUCCUCUGGAUUGACUGGUCUUAAAAUUAGCGCAGAGUCAUAACUCUUUCCAUCCAUUUCUUUGGAGCCGUGUCGGAGCAAAGUAAAAGAUUUCUUCAGCAUGGCCUGGCAUGCUUUGACCUCACCCUGAAUUUGUUUCUUUCUUCAGAGCUCCACACCAGCGUAGUAAUGCACUCUUUCUCUUGUGCAUCAUCAAACGACUAGAGACCUCCACUCUGAGUGUUUGCAUCUCCACGGGGUUGUAUUCCAUUAUACUUCUGUAUGUGUGAACAGCAUGGAAAAACCAGGUCGAAUCCCUCGGGUACACUACAUGCAUAAUCCAUAUCGAUGGCACAUAUACAGCAUCUAUCUCCAGAGAAACCUCACUCCCGCCUCUGGACAAAACAGUAUUUUUUCUCAUUUGUUUAAAUGGCAUCAGUUGGCGUUACGUGAUGUGAAAUCAAGCUGACGGUUUUCAGGACGUACCGCAAUGAACGCUUGAGGGAUCAAAUAGCAUUAGAGGCAUGCAAGUCAAGCAAACGAGCUGGUUUUUCACAGCUGGUGCUGGGAGAGUCCAAUAGCACAGCUUGUUAAAUUUCAAGACAGAGAUAGAUGCACUGUGACAUUGACACUGAGCCUCUGCUGGAACCAGGAAGUGAGUGGCACCUUGAAUUUGAUGAUCUGCCAUUGAGCCUGUCAUUGCGUAUUACCCAGGAAUAGUAUUUAUGAGGACUACCUGCUGUGUCAUGAAAGAGAUUGCAGGAAUCCAACUGGAAACCAUCUCCUACUUACAACUAAACCCAGCUGAGAAGCAAAAGAGGAAAAUAUUCACACACUGGAUGUCAACAAGCUCAUAAAAACCAUCCUCACAGACGUCUGAACGCGGAAAUGAUGCUCAAAGAGAACUGAUCAGCUCACAGUGUCCGGUUUUCAGCUUAUUUGUUCUUGAUGAGAAAUUUAAGCAUGCCCGCAUAGUCAGGUUUCAGUCAGGAGCGCAACUGGGUCACAAUCAGUCCAGCGGCAGAAUACACAUGUUCAGGAGGCACUGGUGUGUGCAGAGAUACUUGCAUCUCUGGGUAUCUGGGAAAUCUCCCUACACUGACUCUCCAUGAGUUUGCCAGCUUUGUUGGCAGGGAUUGUUUGCUGUUGAAACUGUGUCGUGAAAUAAACGUCAUAUUAAGGAGCAUAUGUAUCAUCACAGUGUUAUUUUGGCUGCAUUAAUUGGACAGACUUUGAUGCGUUGGUUUGAAGAGGGAAAAAAAAAAACACUCCUUCACACCAGCGAGAACUCGUCAAUGCUGACAUCUGCAUGAAGUGUCAAAUCAGAUCAUUUUCACCUAUCCGGAGGUGUAAGACUGCUGUUUGUAGCCCCGUGAGACUUGUGCCUCAGCUCUGCUUUUAAUCGCAUUCAGAGUGAAAACUGGACAAAGACUCUUUCCUACUCGAAAGACAAUUCACCUCGAUCCCUCUCUUCUUCGUGCAAGAGUGUCACAGUUAAUGAAGCACGCUUAGAGGGUUGGUGGUAAAUGUCAUACACGUCUUAAAGCUUAUCUUGAUGUAAGGUGAUCUUGCAAACAUUUCCUGCUGCCACUAGGCGGCACUUUGACUGGGAUGAGAUGCUGCCAUAUGAAUGUGUUCAGGUCUGGACCCUUCUUAUGUGUGGUAUGGGUGCUAGAUUUUCCUGUAGGGCUUCAAGAGCAUAGACAUAAUAUAUGUAGACGCCUCAAAGCCUGACGCUGCCUAUUGGAGCUCACGUAUCAGUGCGGCCGCUGGCUUGGAUGGGUACCCCAUGCGCCUCCAUUGCAUUAAGGUAGGUAGGAAUUAGGGCCCAACCGAUUUAUCGGCAAGCCGAUUAAAUCAGCCAGUUUUAGCUCGUUUGAGACUCAUCGGUAAUCGACCAAAACUCGCCAAUUUUCGCCGAUAUUUUCAGAAAUAAAAUGCGGACAAUAAGAUUUGGUUUCACUUGGAAAAUGUUCCGCCAUUUGAAAAGUUCCCCAACUUAUCCUGUAGAUGGCGCAGCGACCUCAUGACAAUCUUCAUCCACUAACUACCUCACAGCACAGCAGAGUGACGGAUCUAAAGCAGGCAGCUCAGGGACGCACAGAGGAGAGUGGUCCGCCUCAACGGUAAACAAACCAGUUUGUGAAAUACACAAUAAGUCAACAAGUUUUAGUUCAACACACUUCACGAUGUUCCCCGCUGUGCUGGUCUCGGUCACGCAGAGUUAACGGUGAAGCACCAUGUAAUAUGCAAGCUAAAGUUACAGUUAGCCACCUUCUAUUAGCCUCGAUACACUUUUAGCCGUGCCAGUAACGGUAGAAUAAACAACAGUACACAUUACGUGAUCGAGCUACUUCUCUUACUGAGGCAGCUGCACGUCUCCAGAUGAGACCGGACUGGAAAUGAGCAACGUGAGUUAAGACAUGGAGGCACCGAUCGGUGGGGGUGGUGAAAACAGUUUUCUGGUCUGAGUUGGCCGAUUAAUCGGUAAUCGUUAUUUUUCCCCAACCAUAUUAAUAAUAACUCUCUGAAUCUCUGCCAAAUUUGGUUUGUUACAACGGCAGGGAUGUCUUACAGGACAAUGUCCACUAACUACCUCUCCUAUUUGUGAAAUUUAAUCCUACGAGAUCUGGUUUCAAUACUGUGUCGGAUUUUUCAACCAUAGAGUGCAAAAAAACGGGCAUAGUUGCUCGUUCUCCAUUGACCUCGUUUGGCUCUUGAGCGAACCUGGAGUGGGGAGACCUAUCCAAUAUGGCGGCGAUGCUGGAUUACACUCCAGCACGUAAUGAGGCGUCUAUGUGUAUAAUGUCUCUGUUCAAGAGGGGCUUUUUGAAAAUUUUAAGGGUCCCUGUGGAGCAAAUUUUUGUAAUAUUUGCCAUGAGAUUAAUAAAAUAUCACAUUUUUCAUCAGGCUUGAUGUGCAUGCCAAAUUUCAUGAUUUUUUUUUGCAUGUUGAAAGCCUGAAAUUUGUAAUUUAUCGUUUCCAAGAAAGAAGCAAAGCUGAUACAGCCGGCCCUUUCGCACCAUGCAAUAUUCAAGAGCAGCUGUGUUAGUUUGCAGUGUAUUUCUGGGCUUUGUGAUGUUAAAGUCUGUAUUUUUUUUUUCUUCCUGCAAUCUAUGUCAAGAACAAAGAAGUCUGCAUGCUUACUGUUACACUCUGUGAAUGAUUUCAGAUACUUUCUCCUCCUCUAUUCUUUCAUCUUCGACCAUUUCCUCUCCUUAGGAGCCUCUAUCCUCUACUUAUCAACCUCUUCUCUCCUUCUGUCCUUUCUAAAUAUGGGCUGAUGAGACAUGCAUGUUGAUUCAUACAUGUACUGUAAUUUAGUUUUUUUUUUUUUCCCCCUCCAACAAAACAACCUCAACCCGCACGAGCACUUAAACUUAAAGGAAGUGCCCUUGAUGAAAAAGAAACAGAGGAUGGGAAAACUGAAUAAUUGAGUGUACCGAGAUUGAAGGACAUCCUGAACCUCCACUCUAAAAAGAGUCGGAACAUGCUAUUUUUGCGGUAUGGACACUUACUGGCAUGGCACACAAACAAGAACAGACGGAUUCACCAACACAAAAACACAGCGUUCAUCUGCUUAUCCAUGCAUUUGUUUAUGUAUCAUGCGUGAAUCCGUGUGCACACAAAUAAACAAGCAGCAAUCGAAGGCUCAGCCGUCCACAGAAACAGAAAAAAAGGGUGCAAUAUCCUGAAAAUAAAUGAUGAGAUACUGGGAAAUGCUAAACUUGUAGGUUUCUUCCCAUUAAACUAAGGGUUCGUCAAGACAGAUACACGUAGUUGAAGCAGCUGAAAAGCCAAACAUCUAGAGCAGCGAUCCAGAGGAGCUUACGGCAUGAUGGAGCUCAGGUACUCCCAGUUAUAACUGUGUAUUAGUGACUCUAAUGGGACCUGAUGAUUCAAAGUUAAUAACACGGACAGAAAGAGGAUGUAGAAGGAAGGGAAGGUGCUCAAUAGUUGUGCUGGAUGUGUAUGAUAAUCAUAAAUCAUCACAGAGCACUGCUGCUGCUGCUGCUGUGUCAGAGCAUGACUCUGCCUCCCUGUUUUGAUUAAAUUUGACUCGUGUUUUGAUUGAGUUUGCUGACAAGGCCAGAACUGCCAGAUCGCUCUUUUCUGUUUGUUCUGUCCCCUUCACUUCCAGCAAGUCCUCCCACCCUCCCCUCGAAUCUGUUGCUCCUCAUUAUUUGAUUAUCUCUCGCUCUCUCCUCUUUUAUCCUAUUCCCCUUAUUUACCUUCUUCCCCCGACUGCUUGUUUUCCUUCGCGAGCAAUUCAUAAAAAAAUAUGUAGUAUUUGGAGGGAGACUGUGCACAUAAAUUAGUCAUGAGUGGCAUCGUUUUUAUAGAGCAUUCCUGAGCCUUGUGGCUGUACAUGUGGCAUAAAAGCAUUAAAUAGUAAUGGCAAAUCACUUUAUUUUGUUAAGAGAAAGGCGCAGAUUUAUCCAAAGUCGUGGCUUUCAGACUGAAAAAUGUCCCAAAAUUGGAUUUCAUUCUCACGAGUAUCACCUUCCAAUAUGGCUCUCUAACUUUGAUAAAUCAUGUCUAGAAAUUUAUUUUUAUUUCUCAGAAUGAUUUAGGCGAUCUCUGACUUUUUCUUAGUAUUGUAAAGUAUUCUUAUGAGCUUGUACGACAUAUAUGGUACAUGGAAUUAAUGGAUAAGGACAAAGACACACAAGUGGAUACAAAGUGAUCCUCAGAUUUGGGUAAUUUCUCUGAUUGCGUUUCUUUUUCCUCUCACCAUCACCAUCAUAUACAAACACACAUAUGCACAUUACUUUUAGAAAUGCCACCCAUAUCCAGAUGGUUUUAUCUACCAGUAAUGUGACAGAAGUUCAUCGUCACCCCUGAGCAGCGGUUGAGUCGUCGUGUUUACUGUUAUUUCUGGCUGUCACACACAGGCAGCAUUACUGUGAGGUGCCUGCGGGACAAAGAAACUGGUGCAUUCUGGCUGAGUUUGUUUAUUUAGUGAGGGGCGGGCGGGGCGGAUAAAACUGCAUAUUGAAGUACCAGUCGUGGUGACGUUCAUCGUUCAUUUUUCAGCAACCGGAGGAGAAAUUAACAUGACUCCGAAAAAUCAAACUUCCUCUGUGUUUUUCAUCCUUUUCUUGAGGGAUUAAAAAUGUAGACUAACGACCAAUUUCCCAAAGUCUGUGUGAUAUAAAUAUUUCCCUUAUAAAUAUUUAUACAAAUAUGCAGCAUCAGUUUUGCCUGAAGAAAUACAUUAGUCAGUGAUCUGUGCCUAAGCGGGAGAUUCCCUUCACUGCAAAGCAUAAUAUAAUAAUAAAGUGCAAGACAGUAUUUUAAACUCACUGAAUUCUACUUAAUCAGCAAGCAGAGCAGAGGAGUCCAUUAUGAGUUAGUAAUGGUGAAAUAUUUAUGGUGUGCUGAAGUGACUUUUUGGUAACUUUAUUUUGAAAACCCGCAUGAGCGAGAAAAGCAGUGAAGAAGAAGGAGUCUAAGUCCGCUUUAAGAACAAAUACUGUGUUCAAAUAAAGAAAAAGUAUACCGUCAAAUUGUUAUUUCCGAUUUUACAGUUAAAUACUGUUAUAUGUGUAUUUUGCAAAAGUUCAAACACUAAGGAUGUCGUGUAUACAAAAAUUAAUCUUAUUUUUUUUUAUUUGGCAAUUUUAGUGUUUUUUCAUAUAGAUGAAUUGCCCAUGGCCUUAAAAAAUGACAUGUGGUGCGACCAUCAUUUAUCCCAAAAUUAUUACUUUUUUUUUUUUACAUACUUAAUCGGUUUUUUACAAAUUGUCAGUAAUAUCAAGAAGAUCGAAACAAAGUGUUUGCAUCUCAAUUGAGUUUUUGUAAAUAAGGAUCUCACAUUUUAGCUCUAUAAUGUCACAGUCACAGUAUUAAAUGUAGUUAACUGACUUAUUUUUUCUUUAAAUUGCAUAAUACUGAUAAAAAAAAUUUAAAACUACCUUUCACUUAAGCAUAUUGUAUUAAUGUUUCAGUUACAGAAACGAGAUAUUUUAGUUUGUAUUUAAUACAAUUAAUGUUAUUAUUGGUCGCACCACAUGAUAUUUUGACAUUUUGAAGUUCCGAAAAAUUACAAAUAAGACCUGAUUUUUGAAAAGUUGAAGUGAUUACAUAUAUGAGAGAGAUACUACAUAUAGAAAGUAUAUUUUUGUGCAUUUCAACCUUUUUUAACUUAAAAAAAAAUACAGCCAGGCAGAAUAUUUACGCGUCACGUCAUUGACCCAUAAACAAUUUACAGUGUUUAUUUCCAUGAAAUUUAGUAGAAUUUUCUUUUUGAAUCUUACAACAUUUGUCUGUUUAAGUGACUCAGAUUUACGGGAUUUUAUUUUUACCUUUCUAUUAUUUUUCUACUGAUUUAUGAUGCAAAAAUUACAGCACUUGCCGGUAAUUUAUUUACAGUAUUUUCCUGCUUUUUUUUGUAUGGUCAAUUUUUGCAUUUUUUACAGUGAAAAAGUUGUAAAAUUUACAGUUUUGUCCGAUAAAAAUAUUAAUAGAAGGUCACUGUUACAAAUAUUGUUAAAGCAUUCACUAUGAGGUGUUUAAGGUCAGUUCAGUGAGAUGAGAAUUAGGUGAAAGUGGAUGAUACAUUAUCACGAUGUGUUCAAAUGUCACGUCCAGGAAAAGAAAUAAAGAGUGAGAAAUCUGCAUAAAUUCAAUUGUGUGAAGUUCAACAUUAUAGAAAAGACACUAGAUCAGUAUCAGUAGGUUACUGUUUUUUUAUUGUAAUUAUCACAAGUGCACUCACAGAGGACUUUUUCAUGUUUUGUAGACUAGAGGGACAUUUUUCACUGUAAGAUGGGACAUUUGUAUCAUUUUUUCAGACAUGAGGGUUCACAAAAUGGGUGGCACCACCGCCUGAGAGUCAUCACUGAGGUUAAAAAAAUGCACUGAGGUUAACAUUUGUCCUCGCGUCGUUCAUUAAAUCAGUGUAUUAACUCUACAUUUCUUUCCACAGGAGUACCAGAUUGACAUCAUCUUUGCUCAGACCUGGGUGGACACUCGUCUGCAGUUUAACAGCAGCACCAUGAGAACGCUGACUCUCAACAGGUAUAAAGUUUAAUAUAAUGUAAGUUUCCAGAAAUAGAACGGGAAAACCUUCUUUUAAUGCAUAGGUAGAAUACUUAGGUAGAACGAGAAUCAUCAUAAAAAGAAACACUGAGGCUUUACACUCUCAAAGAUGAGACAAUUGCAUGAAACACAAAAGGGCAGAGAGGGGAGUGAUCUGAUACAAAAGACAAGAGUAAGUGGAAAAUGAAAUAGGAAACACAAGAGGGAAGGAAAUAAAUCAUCCAAACUAUCCAGGGGGAGUGAAAACUUCCCCCUCAAUGACCAAGAUUCAUCAGGAUGGUCCCGAUUAGAGUCUCACAUGGUGUCAGGGAGGAGACCCGGGGUUGUUUCACUGGGCGGCUCUGCUCCCGGUCCAUUAGUCUUCUCCAGUCCCUCCCUGCGACCACACAGGACUUCCUAAACAGGUCCGACAUCGAUGAAACCAGAGCGCUCUCUUUUACUGAUGUCGAAUAGGGUGUACUAACACGACUCGGGGAAAGUCUGACUCUCACAGACACAGGAUUAACAACUUUAGAGAGAUGAAAUGUCUAAUGAAGCCGGGGGCGAGCUUCCCGGCCCGCUCGAGCAGACAGAGAGAGACAUUUGGUGGAGAGCCAGUGUCUUUGAACUGUGGAGUAGGCGAAGGCUUGAGUGAAAACGCUCACGUAACUCAGGGUCAUGGAGGAGGGGCCAGCAAGCCCGUUCCCAAGUUCAGGGGAACCAGAUCCAGAGCUGAGGGUACGAGGGCUGCUCUAUUAUUCGCCUCAUCAUAAUGUCUUCUGUUGCGACUCUUGUGUUCAAGCUGUUUAUAUCUCAGUUGAGAACAAUAUUCUGACAUGUCUUGGGAAGAGGGCUGUAAUUAAUGGAACAAAUUGACUGACGGGAUGCAGUCGGGCGGUUUUAUUUUCUUCUCAACUCACAGAAAUAACACGGAGCGGAAAUACAUUUAUAUAUAUUUAUCAACCUUCUGUCUCUUUGUCCGUCCUUUCGUUUAACUAGCAAUAUGGUCGGCUUGAUCUGGCUGCCCGACACCAUCUUCAGAAACUCCAAGAACGCUGAUUCUCAUUGGAUAACGACGCCCAAUCAGCUGCUGAGAAUCAAGACCAACGGGAAAAUACUUUACACGCUGAGGUAAAACGAACAGAAUUUGAACAUUAUAGAGUUUAUAGAGGAGAUAGAGAGAGAUGGAUAUACCAACUAUGAAUGUAUGCUUCAUGGGCCGAGUACUUUUGUCUUUCUUAUUGUGUCUUUGCUCCUGUAGGAUGACCAUCAAUGCUGAGUGCCAGCUGCAGCUCCACAAUUUCCCAAUGGACGAACACUCCUGUCCACUUGUCUUCUCCAGCUGUAAAUAUCGGCGUUUGCAUGCACGACAUUCCACACAUUCAUGGUUGUAUGUUAGGUUGUAUCCUAACGCUGGCAGCUCAAGUCAUAUCUCCUAGAGAUGCUGAUGUAUUGUUAUCAUGCACUAUUUUUGUAAUCAAGGUUUUUUAGCUGGUUAAAGGUGGAGUAGGCAGGAUCUGAGGAAGUGCCAGUUUUGGGGAGAAAUCUUGAAUGUAAACUCUACCCCUCCCAACCAGUUUUCCCCUCAGCUCCUCCUCUUCCCUCCAUCUCUGCUCCAGCAAGCCCCGCCCACAAACAGACGCUAGUCCUGGCUUGUAUCGUUCCAAUUCAAUUCAGAUAUAAUACAGAUAAAUACUUCAGAUAAUUACAAAUGGGGCCCAGUCAACGUGAAAGUAAAAAGCAUUGGUGCUACUGUAGAUGCCAACAGACUACCAACAAACACAAUGUUUGCAGGACUUCUACAAGUAGGAUAAAGUGACAUAGUCCAGGACCCGAGGUCAACAGUUUAGCGGCGCUACAACACGCAACAGGUCCGUUAGACAAGAAACACUUCUAUUACACUUGGCUUACUUUGUUAAAGCGGAUUACCUGUCCAGCAGAAAGGUUACAGGGUCCAUAAGAUCCCGAAGCGUCCCUGAUCAUUUAUGCUGAUGUUGACGCGGCUUUUUAGUGCAGUGUUCCUCCGGUUUAAGCGCCUGUUAUUUCGUCAGAGUCUCCGGUAUUUACUUUGUUUUAUUGCUUGUGUUUUCCGUACUUUCUGGUUGGUUUCUACUGUCCGAUGUUGUAGCACGCUAACUUUGUUUGGGCUUGUGUAUGUUAUUGGAGGAUGUGAAGCAUGCCUCACAACACGAGGGAGCAGCGUCUGCCUCACAAACAAUCAAGUUGGGGGAGGCGGAGAAUGACUUUGUUUACAGUCAGAAAGAGUGAGCUGCUCAAGGAAAUUUAAAAUGUUGACCACACAAACAUAACAAAACACAGCGAUAUCGUUAUAUUACCAAAUGUCAUCAAUAACUGAUAUCUAUUGCAUGAUAUUGAAAGCUGUUUUGUAUAUACACCACAAAAAAAGGAUUCUUCUUUAAUGGACUCCUGCCUACCCCAUCUUUAAUAUUCAUGAAACUGUGGUCAUGUCUUAGCUCCUUGAUUGGUCAACAGACACAAACAAGAGAUGGUAAAAAUCAGAAAAUCAAGGUUUAUGUCCAACAUGUUUCUGCUGUCAAAGACACGCUGUUUACCCCGUAAUGUUAGCUGUUAAGAUAAUUGUAAUAACUGACCAAAAAGGAAAUAUAAUGUCUGUUUUAUCUCACAUCUAUACUAAUGCUUUAAAGAAACUCAUCCCUGACUUGUCUUAUGAUCCAUCAUGGCUGCUGCUUUCUCAGUAAUCAAUGGCGAGACUCCAAAUUACUCCAUUUUCACAACAGGGCACAGCAAGACUCCCACUGUCUUUUUCGCGACAUCGUUGAUGGAAGCAGUCUCACAGAAACACGCUGUGUUGCUUGUAUUUUAAAAUGUGCAUUCAGCUACACAGGAAGAUGCUCAUGUCGUUCCCUUAAACAAGAGAAAAAAAGGGGUGAUAUGAGAAUGAGGAAAACAAAACAUGAGGCCCCCUACUGGAUUCUCGAGGCAUUACCAACAGACCACUGAGCAAUCAAACCUUUGACACAAACACUCAGAAACAUGAACCGAAAAUUACAGUAAAUGGAGCGAUGCUGUGGUAAGGAAGGUUGAAAUGAAAUGAAUUUGUCAUGUCUGAUACUGCGUAACCACCUUCUUCUUAAAUAUCUGUUCUUCCUCUCUCCCAAUCACACCCUGACUUCACUCUCUGCGAUGUUUCCAGACGGCUACCCGCGAGAUGAGAUCAUUUACAAGUGGGACAGAACCUCAGUGCAGACGUCUGAUCAGAGAUACUGGAGGCUUUACCAGUUUGACUUCAUGGGGCUGAGAAACACCACAGACGUGCUCAAGACAACAGCAGGUGAGCAGGAGGUCAGAGGUUAGUUGAAGCGGGGUAAUCAAGGGUGAAGGUAGAGAUCGAAAGGGAAAUUUGUGUAUUUAUCAGAUCAAAUCAACAGUUUCACUCAUUUCGAAUACUGAUGAAGUGUAUGUGUAUGCCAAGAGACAAACCAGCGUGCUAUCUUUGGCUCUAAUCUCAGAGAGAGUGACUGAUGAGCGUCUGAAAACACAUCGAAGCUCGUCUGAAUUCCGUGUUUUGUUUGACUCCUGCUGUAUUGUCAAAACAGCCCAACUUUCUGCUGAGAUGCUCCUAAGACGAGGCAAACCUACACAUUUACCUCAUGCUGUUCAAGAAAACGAGCUGUUUUCCUGUUAAUCAACUCUUUUCUUUUUCCCCCCGUUUCACUCGCUGGAGCACUGACUCCACAUGCAUGAUGAUUAGAUUCCCCCAGCUAAAAAUACCCAUCAUUAAUAAACAUCAUGAAAAACUUUGAAAGUGCAGUGUUUCUCCUCCUUUCAUUCUCUCCCCUCUUUCUCUGUUUCCCACUCUCUGUCUCCCUCUCCCGGCGUUACCCUUCAUCCCUCAUAAACGCAUUAGGCAAGGGGGCUGUUUUAUCAAGGAUAUAGUGAAAACAUGCCCGGCUACAGCACCGCUAGGUAAUCUCCCUCCUGCCAUUGUCGACAAUUCUCCCCUGAGCAGGAUUCCAAACACCUGGGAGUUUCAUUUUACCACCCCGUCACAUUUUCCCACAGGAAAGCCUGUGCUGUGAUUUUACUGCAGCUGCACUGUAAAAUGCUGCUGUGCUCCCUUUUUCCUUUUCACACCGACUCGCUUUCAUUCCAGUUGUUUACAAGUCAAGUGACAAGUGCAUUUUUUAGUCACUUUUGCAACAGUCAAGAAUCUCUACCUUCCAAUUAAAGGUCCUUAAACACUGGGAACGACGCAAAUAUACGACGCGAAAUUACUUAAUAUUCAGAGGCAAAUUUUGAUGCACUUGACUAUACACAUCAAGCGCAAUGUGAUUUUGCGACUUUUCGGGGGGAAAAAAAGCUGUGUCCCGGGUGGAAGCGAGAAGACUGACACAACAGCAGACUGAGUGUUUUUCAGUUCUGGUUAGACACUAGUGUUGAGAUGUCUGUCUGUCAUGAUAGCAUGUACUGAGUCGGGGCCAGUACCAGAUAAACACAUUAAACUAUAAUCCAUAAACGUAAGGUAACAACCGAGACCUAAUGGUGCUGUGACAGCAACGUGAUUGAGUUUGAGGCAGUGAAAAUACAUAUGGUAUGUUGUAUCUGAACAGGUUAGCUUACGAGCUAAAGUUACUUAGCACAGAUGAAAGUUAAAACAAAGACAUUUAGCAAAAUGUUAAAGCACACAAACCAUCGUCAUAUGAGAAAUCUGACGCUAUGACUCUCCACAAGUUGUCCUUCAGGUCGUUAUCUUUGUAAUGUUUGUGUGUUUUAUCAAAAAGCACUCUGUUCUCCGACACGUAAACAACUAGCCGGUCAGCCAUGUUGGAUAUACCGGUGAAUCUGAUAUCGGAACAACACGAAAUCUGAUUGGUCAGAAGUGGACAAACACAGUAUGCGAAACUUUAGAAAAUUCGACCGUGAUACGAAAAAAUAAAUGCCACAAUAUCGCAGGACGCGAAAACGUCGCUGAUGUGAACGCUUGUAUUGACAGGAUACGGGUUCGUAAAAAAAUAUUGAUGUCCGAAAUAAUCACACAAAAAAAACGCUCCCGGUGUGUAAGGACCUGAACAGUAACUAUGCCACUGAAGUUGGACAGACGUGAUCUUCUUUUCCAGGAUUUGUCAGGAUUUUCCCAGAUUCUCAGUAUGGAGUGAAAAUAAAACAGCAAUGCGAUUAAAAUAUGUCGUCAUCCUGGUAUUUAGUGAUCAACCAAAAAAUUGAACGACGCUUGUAUGUUACAAGACAUUUUUCCUUUUCAACAGGAGACUACGUAUUAAUGACGGUGUACUUCGAUCUCAGCAGACGAAUGGGAUAUUUCACCAUUCAGACCUACAUACCCUGCAUCCUGACUGUUGUGCUCUCCUGGGUCUCCUUUUGGAUCAAGAGCGACGCAACGCCAGCCAGAACGGCUCUAGGUAUGCGGCUUCACUGUUCACUGUGCUGGGAACUGUUUAAAUACAUAGUGAGACUUUCAGCAGUGGAUGUGUUUAUUGGGCCUGUGUAUCAGGAUCCAACCCUUCAAAAUCAGUCUUUACGCAGAUGAUACUGGUCUGUGUUGUUCUGUUGACUCUUUACAGCUUACCAUUAAACUUUCUUUAACAUACGUAAAACUAUAUAUUUUUUUAACUUUUUAUUUAGAGUUUUUACUUAAACAUUGAACAGUAUCUGAGACAAGAUUAGUGGUGGAGAAAAAAAAAAACAUAUCUACGUAUUGCUGCAUAUGAUGCAGAUGUAUAUCAAAUAUCCAUUACACAUUGUAAUAAUAAGGAAAAACAAACAGGAUAAACAAUAGUAAAAGAAAAAAAAGAAAUGGAUAACUAAAUGAUACAGAAUAAAUAAAUGGUAAGAUAAUUUUAUGAAAAAAAAAAAUGCAAAAUUAAAUAAUGCUUUUCUCCAUGGCAAGAGAUAUUGAGAAAUAUAUUGAGAGCUUGACAAAUAAAUUAUAUUUCGAACUUGUAUUGAAAACCUCAUCUGUAAAUUUAAAAGAAACAGAAAUUCUUCUAUGCAGUCAGAUCCAAUUUCCUCCAACUUGUCAAGAAAGUAUUAUUAAAGCAGUCUUUCUUUCAGUUCUGGGUUACGGUGAUUUCUAUAGACAUGCUGCAGCCUGCACCCUCAAGUCUCUGCCAACAUUAGGGUUAUAAAAUCUGAGAUUUUUGUGGCGCACGCCAGGCAGUUUUAGGGUUAUCUUGUAUGGUGGAUAUGAGCUAAUUAUGAGAGUAUUUGUAAUUAGAUUACUCAUCCAAAUAAGUCUAAGUGAAGCUGCACACUUUUUUGUUUUGUUUUAACAAAAUUUUAAUUUUUUUAAAUAAUAGCUACGAUAUGCCUUGAACUUCUUUAGUCCACUAAUAUUAGUGUCAAAGUCCUCAUGUGUUUUUCAUGCUCUCCCAUAUGAGGCUCUCUGAACAUCUGUGCGUGCCAAACAGCACUCUUUUAUCUGAGGCUGCCCUGAACGCAUCAGUCCGAGACAGUGCGAGACUAUCAACGGAAAUAUCACAUAUCACAUUUUUUUCCCUUUUAUUAAAGUGUUCAUUUUGCAACAUAUACUGCUUAAAUAUAGUUUACAGCUUAAACCGACCUGAAUAAUCCCAAAUUAUUAAGUAAAAGUAUUAAUCUAGUGUCUGUGAGGCUCAGCAGAAACACAGGACAAUCUUCCUUGUCUGGAAACCUGACAGCUUUAGACAAAUAUAGUGAUCUGAUUCAUGAAUGAACGUGCACCAUGCAAACUACAGGGGAUUCCCGGGAGAAAUGACAAUACGGGAGGUGAGCGUGAGAGAGGUCUGAGAUACUGGAGAGUCCAGGAGUGUUGAAAAACAGGAGUAUUGGCAGAUAUGCUCUGGACUCAGUCUCACCCUGCUCUUACAUUUAUAAUUGGAAAUCCCUCUGACACUCAUUUUUGCAUCUGUAUGAAUUUCAAAAAACUCCCCACAGGAGUUUUAAUAGCAUAGUUCAUUGUUUUGAGUUAUUUUAGAAAAAAAAAGAUAAGCAGUUGAUUUUUUUUGUAUUUAAAGUAAAACUAAAAACUUUGUUUCACAUUUGCAAUUAACAUGACAAAACAAUACCAGCCGUCGAUGGUAUGAUACUAUACCAACACACAAAAUCCCCAUCCUGUUUGCUUGGAAUAGACUAUCACAGCCGGUCAAAGCUUGCAGCAUGUGAGGAUGGUACAUGACCAAAAGUAUGAAUGGCUUGCACAUUCAGCCCAACCCAAAAAAAAAAAAAGGCAUUUAGACUCUCUUUUCUAGUACAUUGCCCUCGAUUUCAGGUUGGCCUGAUACUUGAUCCCAAGGCGGGAAAAAAAAGAGAGGAAAGGCAGGAGGAAGAAAGGCUUGUCACAAGAGAGGAGCAAAACAAGGGUGUAAAGCAGAGUGAAAGCCUCUGGCACAUAGCUGCGAGAAGAACUGUCAGAGAAGUGAAGAGGACCGGUUCCAUCAUGGAUUAGCUGAAAUACUAGAAAAAAGCCACCAAUGCUGCUGCCCCUCACCCACCCCUCAAGGCAAUAUGCGUAUACAAGCUGCUAACAUGUUCUGAGUGGCAUUUUGGAUGAGCUGUCACUCACAUAUUACCCCUUCAGCAGGGAGUUUGAAUAGUGGAAGAGGAGCUGAGCUCAGGUUGAUUCCCAUUAGACCUCAAUUUCUGCGUCCCAGAUAGAUCUUGACAAAUAUACACACGGUUGAAAUAAACUGGCCUCGAGGCUUAAACUGAGAAUAAAGAGCUGGAGAAUGUAUGAAGGAAGCGCGGCACAGAAAUAAUCAAACUUGGUAGUAACACUCAUCCUUACUGUCACCGCACACCGAGGAAGAUCAUUCGUGCAAAUGAGUUUCAUGUUAAGUUAAUGUUAAGACGCAAUUAGGCAAAUUGGGCGAAUCUCAACUUGAGUAGAGAUUUCCUUUGCGAUAACUACUCAGCACAAGGAUUGCUCGGUAACAAAUGAAAACGGACGGUUGUUCACUGGUAUCUAAAAUGGAGGACAAACUAUGGUGGCCGAGAACAAACUGAUCGUAUUGGUGUGUGGUUGCUCUGAAUUAUAUGAUACCUUUUCUUUCAAUUACCGAAACCGGAAUGAAAAGAAGCCCGCCCGGAGGCAAGUAAGUGAGGAGGUCGGAUUACCUGGUAAAUUGUAGAAAACCUUUGUCUAUCACUUGAUCCAGCCGGUCAAAUUGACAGGGAUUACCAUUGAAAUUACUCUUGACGAGCGAAUGAAAUGAGUAAAUACUAUUCAUUCUCACGUCUAGAUUCGCGAAUAAAGGUCCUUACACACCGGGACCAACGCAAAUAUACGACACGAAAUCACAAAAUAUUCAGAGGUGAAUUCUGACGCACCUGACUAUACACAUCUAGCCCAAUGCGAUUGUACGACUUUUCGCGGGGGGGGGACGCGUCCCAGGUGGAAACGCAAAGACUGACACAACAGCAGACUGCCUGUUUUUCAGUUCUGAUUAGACUCUAGUGUUGAGAUGUCUGUCUGUCAUGAUAGCAUGUACUGAGUCGGGGCCAGUACCAGAUAAGAACAUUAAACUAUAAUCCAUAAACGUAAGGUAACAACCGAGACCUAAUGGUGCUGUGACAGCAACGCCAUUGAGUUUGAGACAGUGAAAAUACAUAUGGUAUGUUGUAUCUGAACAGGUUUGCUUACGAGCUCAAGUUACUUCGGCCAUGUUGGAUAUAGUGGUGAAUCAGACGUCGCAACAAUACGCAAUCUGAUUGGUCAGAAGUGGACACACAGUAUGUGAAACUUAAGAAAAAUCGACCGUGAUCCGAAAAAAUAAAUUCCGCAAUAUCGCAGGAUGAGAAAACGUCGCUGAUGUGAACACUUGUAUUGACAGGAUAUGGGUUGGAAAAAAAUGUUGACGUCCGAAAUAAUCACACGAUAAACACGGUCCCGGUGUGAAAGGACCUUCAAACGAGCAGAUGAUUUUACUUCCGCUUGGUGUGAGUGCCCCAUUAUGCGACGCAAAGUUGCGUAUGUGAACAGGCCCUUACUGUGUGGCUUAUUCAAACAUGUCAUCAAAAUCCAUCCAUCCCUUCAUCAAUGGCAGACGUGCUCAAUAAACACUAGAAAGACAAUGUGUGCUUAUUUGCACUUGAUUUUCAAUAGAUUAGGCCCAAAGAGAGCACUAUUUCAAAAAACAGACUAACUGAAACCCAAAUUUCGUGACCUUACCCCCUGAGGAGCAGCUGUCGGUCCUCCUGGGUGAUGGACCAGCAGCUCCUUUAGCAGCUCAGUAUGUUUUUGCAGCCAAAAUCUGAGGGCUUCACAGAUACAGUCAGAGCCUAAAUACAGCGGAGCACUCUGUUAAUAUUAUUAUUUUAUUUCUUAUUCAAUACCUGCACUCUUUUUUUUUUUACAGUAUUUUAUCAAAUAUAUAUCUUGAAUGCAGUUUGACGAUGUACAAUCGCCCGAUCAAACUACGCUUUAGCUCAUUUAACGGCUACUGGAUGCUCCGCUCUCCCUCAAUACCUGAUCAAUUCCAAAAAACUGUUCUCUUUAUCUGUCAAGCCCACACAAACACAUGGGACAAAAGGAACCCGGGUGAAAAAAUCCCAGAGUUCCCCUUUAAGAUGUCUCUUGCACAAUUGCCUUCCGAGAGGUUUUAAUGAAGCCUCUCUUACCUGUUGUGUUUUGACACAGUCAGACUUAGUGAUGUUCAGAUUCCCCGCACUGACAAGAGGGGACCUGGUUGCUAUGGUAUCAUUCCCACAGAAUAAUUUAAACCAUGACAGAGGAAAGCCACAACCUUGAUUUGAAACAACAGCCUGAACAGCGAGCGGUUGCUUCUGGUCAAAGAAAGAACAAAGAUCUCACCGUUUACGGUGCAGGAUAAAAAGAAAAAAGAGCUUUGAGGUCCAAGGAGCUGAGAGUUGUUCAUUCAUCUAAUUAUACGCUAAAAAUCUUAUGAGCAUGGGGAAAAGAGAGUCUAGAUGAGCACUAGACCAGAGGAGGUGGCUUGAAAUAGAAGGGAGCAACUCGUCUCUAUGGAAACCACAGGCAAAAACAGUGACACACUCUGCUAUGAAAGACAUGUGGGAGAUGAGGAUGAAAGAGACUGAAAAAGAGAGUGAGAGUGAAAGGAACAAAGAGGGAGAGGAGGAGUGAGAUAUGGCAUGUAAAAGCAUGGGAGAGGAUGUGAGAAGAUAACGGCAAGAAUGACACGUGUGUUGUUGUGUGUGUGUGUGCCACGGUAGAAUAUCACUGUCCUUAGUGGGCAGUGAUGGCGCCGGGUUUAUCUCUUCUUAAGGGAAUCGAUGUCAUUUCAUCAGGGGAACACGGAAUUCUGAUCUGAGACGAGAAGACUGGGGUGAUCUGACACGCGAUUCAAAUGAUCUCAAAUGAGCCUUUAAAAGCUGACCAAUCAGUGCCGGAAACCAUAGAAACCCCAACAAAGUCUGUGACGAUCGGGGGGGCGCCGAAAUCACUUCCACAUUGUUUGCUGAUCAUGCUGAUUGGCCAGCCAUCUUGAAGUUUCCCUUUUUAUAAAGUUAAAUGAUCAACUUAUCAAAAUAUUAUCAGCUGAUAGAGGCUGAACGGUUUCAAACGCUACCGUAGAAAUGCGAUUGUAAAAAGUUCCCUAUGUCAGAGAUCAGAAAAUACAAGGUCAGACUUUUGUCCCAUGCCCGCUUUUAUAUGCUAAUGCGACUGUUUGAGCCUUUUUCUAGACGAGUCAUGUCAGGUUAGUGUAUUAGUAGGCUAUGUUAUGAUUUUACAAAGAAGAAAAAAGAUUUUUCAAAUUGAAUUACAGACAUUCAGUUGAAGGCUGUAGUCAUGUAAUAUUCCUUAAACCCUCCUAAUAUACUCCAUUUGCAUUUUCAAAGGUGAUUGAUAAUCCUCCGCCCACAUAUAAAUACCAACUGAGUCAACCCAGCCCUGGCAAGCUACUCAUCGUGUGUUCCCUGUGAGAUCUCUUUGAAAAGUACUCCUCCUCCUUAACUCCAUAUUACCUUUUACAGGUAUCACAACAGUGCUGACCAUGACCACCCUCAGCACCGUCGCCAGGAACUCCCUACCUAGAGUGUCUUACGUGACAGCUAUGGAUCUGUUCGUCACCGUCUGCUUCCUGUUCGUCUUCGCUGCUAUGAUCGAGUACGCCAUGCUGAACUACUGUUCCUACAGUGUACGCAAACCCAUGCCGAAGACACACAAAAUGGUAAAUUCACGGUCAGCAAACAUUCUUCAUGUUUUCGACACAAACCGGUGGGUGUUUUCAAGGCAGCUCCCGCCAUGAGAGCUUUAAUGCUGCCAGUGUACAUCCACCCAGACUGAGUCAGCACUGCCUGUCAUUUCCCUCUCUGCAGAUGACCACUCUGUUUUAUUUUCUCCCAGUUUUGAGUUUUCUGACAUAUUGAGCACAUUUCCCUCCUCCUCCAUUCCCUUUCUGUUUGUCAUGAACUUUGAAUUAUUAUGUUUUAUUACACUGGUGUUGAGAUGGCUGUCUGUCAUGGUAGCAUGUACAGAGUCAGUACCAGAUAAGCACAUUAAACUAUAAUCCAUAAACUAGGGCCCGACCGAUAUGGAUUUUUUGGGGACGAUGCCAAUACAGAUUAUUGGGGGGGGGGGGGGGGGGGCGAUUUUUUAAAUUUUUUAUGAAGUCUAUAAAAAUAUAUAUAUACUGUAAAUAGGCUACUGCUCUUUACACCAACAGGAAGACCGGCUGAUCAAACUCGGACCAGAAAAGCGUUUUCAACUACUACCCCCUCCGCGUCCAAACUCACGUUACACAUUACUGGUCCGCUCUCAUCUGGAGACAUGCAGCUGCCUCAGUAAGACAAGUAGCUCGAUCAUAUAAUGUGUACUGUUGUUUAAUUCUACUGUUACUGGAACGGCUAACAGUGUAGCAAGGCCAAUAGCAGGUGGCUAACUCUAACUUUAGCUCGCAUAUUACAUGGUGCUUCACCGUUAACUCGGCGUGACCGAGACCAGCACAGCGGGAGUGGGUUGAACUGAAACUUGUUGACUUAUUGUGUAUUUCACAAGCUGUUAAUUUUCCGUUGAGGUGGACCGCUCUCCUCCGUGCGUCCCUGAGCUGCCUGCUUCAAGAUCUGUCACCCUGCUGUGCUGUGAGGUAGUUAGUGGAUGAAGAUUGUCAUGAGGUCGCUGCGCCAUCUAAAAAUCGGCCGUGAUGCAAAAAAAAAAAGCUGUAAUAUCGCAGGAUUGGAAAAUGUCGCUGAUGUGAACACUUGUAUUGACAGGAUACGGGUUCGAAAAAAAAUAUUGACGUCUGAAAUAAUCGCACGACAAAAAUGCUCCCGGUGUGUAAGGACCUUUAGAGUAAAAAAUACAGUCUUUUCUGGGAGUCCCUGACCUCCAUCAAGCUGUUGAUUCCUCUGGAUCUCUGCUGUGGAUGUUUUACCGCCUCUAUCCAUCUCUCUCUAUCCCCUCUCUGCAGUCUUAGCAGAUGACUGUCUAACAUGAGUCUGGUUUUGCUCAGUUUGUGGAGUUUUUAACCCUUUCUGCUCUGUGAAUUACACAAUAACUUUUUGGCUCGGUUUAGUGAGUCAAACCCUCAUUUUGAACUAAAAUAUGAACAACAAUAAUUCACUCAGGACCACUUUUAUCAAAAGAAUUGAUCACUUGUUAUAUUUGGCAGUAUGGCUCUGGAAUCAGAAAAAUCCAUUAUGGCAUAGUUGACGAUAAACUCUGCUCACUUUUUACUGUAUAAAUCACUGGAGACCACACUCUUAUUAUAAACCUGCCUGGCUUUCUGUCUGUAGGUACCAUAAGGACACUUUUCAAAGAAACUUCUCCAUAACGUCCUCUCCAAAACCGGGAUUAACUUUGUUUCCAAACAAGAGGCCUAUUGUCACAAAUUUGGCAAUACUCAGAAUUGAAUUUGGAUUUAGAGAAAAUCAUUUUCGAGUGGUUCAGUAGUUGAAGCAUUUCUGUCAGCCAAUCUUUCUCUCCCCAAUGAAUGGGUGCAAUUGGUGGUAGAAUAAUAACACCUUAUUUUCCAUGUGGUCACACUGCCAUCAAGUGGCCAUGAUGUGUCAUUGCGGCACAAUACAACAGCAAACAGUGGUGGAUUCCCCAAGUAUUUUCCUAAUCUAGCACUGGACAGAGGAGACCAUAGACUCUAUAUAGAAUUGACGUCGUCUGCCUUCUUGCUGGUUGAAGCCACUCCAAGAACAGCACCCUCUGGUGACGGGCUACAGUAUAGGUCAUAUAUCCCGCCUCCGCCAGCAAAGCUUAGGGACUGUGGACAAACUUUGGAAAUUCAUUACACAGAAUAUACAUUUUUUCCCUCCUGUUUGGGAUGUUGACAUGUAGUUAUUGUAACACUGGUUUGUGUUCAAGUCCUCUUUUUUUUCUGUACAGCUCCAUUUUUAAAAGUUAUGAGGGGGUUCAUGUUUUCUAUGAUUGACACCUGAUACAGACUGAUAGAGCUUUUCGGCUUAAAAUCCGUAUACUGGUGGAGGGUAGAGCCAAGUUGUCCAUGGUAGAUACUGUCUAUGGAGGCGACCCUCUGAAAUAACCUCUCUGUGUCUUCCAGACCUACUCAUCCUUCCACAUGGGUCACACCCGUCAGCCUAUGCUGUCCAUGGGCAACUCCCUGCUAUGGCACAACUACGACGACAACUGCCUGCAUGAGUGCCUGGAAGGGAAAGACUGCGCGAGCUUCUUCUGCUGUUAUGAGGAGUGUAAAGAAGGCGGCUGGAAGAAAGGGCGGAUUCACGUCAACAUCCGUGAGCUUGACUCCUACUCCCGGGUUUUCUUUCCCACCUCCUUCUUGCUCUUCAACAUAGUCUACUGGGUCAGUUACCUCUACCUGUAGUCUGUCUACACCCCGCUGAAACAGCCAGAGUCACCGCCACUCUGCACUUCAGGCUGAUCGAAUAGAAGCGUGGAGGAGGAACUUAGUCGGAUCUGCUCGAUGAGAAUUUGAAAGGGUGUGCUGCCUCUAGGAUGAUAUGAGUACAGAGCGCUGUGGUUCAGAGUGUAAGCCAUAACUUUUCGCAGUGGCAUCUCCAAAGAAGGGAACACUCAGCGGUCUAAGAGCGAGCAUCAAACCCACAAAUGGAUUCCUCCCUUUUAUUAAUCUGAAGAAAACUAACAGCAGACUCCAGAGAUGUUCUUGGAAGAGUGUGCCAUACUGAAUCUUGAUCACUGGGAUGGCAAAGCACUCAUAGUGCCUUCUUUUAACAGAGUGCAGCACAGAGAGAAGCAGCCUCAGAGUUUCCCCCUGUUGUGUUUAUUACCUCGUCUGCCGCAUGCAGAUCCGUUUCUUCUUUUAUGGAACAAACCCAGAACACCACCACUGUAGAUUUUUUAAAACCAGUACCACUCGUUUUGUAGCAGCAGUUCAAACCUAGAACAAAUGAUACUUUUCAGCUAAUUUGCAACUCCUCUUUUUUCUGCAUAUUUUAGAUUAGUUCUGUUUUCACAGUGAGUCAAAAAGCUCACACAUCCAUGGUUAAUUGCGAAAUGUCCAAUUGGUGAAAUGUUCAAACUUUUCAUGAUGCUUUUUAUGAGCGAGCAAUGUUGCAAACAGUAAAUAGUUUAGAUAUUUUGGUGUUUUAAAUAAAUACGAGGUUAUAUUCUGAAAAAUUGCUCUCCACAAAUGGCUUGAUUUUGGUUACAUCUAUGGUUUCACAUUCAUUCCUCUCAGACCGUUUUUUUCUUUCAUUACUUGGGGCCUUUGGAUUUUUGUAACCUAAAGAAAAGAUUUUGUAGAAAAUAAAUUUGUAAACAGAGGUUUAAGCAUUGGCACUGGUCUGAAUGUAGACCAAACUCAUAAAAGAGAUCAGGCUCCACGUUUUCUUUCUCUCUUCUGCAGUAAUUCAAAAUCAAGAGUUUCUCUGCGUUUACUUCUACCCUGAUAUACCCUAACCAUAUUCCAGAAGUAGUUUCACCAUCUUUUAUAUGAGUAUUAACAGAAUUUCCUUAUUUAUCAGUAGAAAAAAAAUCAUAAUGUCUUCUACAAGAAGCUGGGAACACAACUAAGCACAAAGACAAGAAAGAGCUAACCCAGAGAACUUUCUUUUUCCAAAAGAUUUCAAAUGUUUACCAGGACUUUUUUAAAGACUGUUACGUUAGAUGGAGCUUUGAGAAAUUAAAAACUUAGCAACACAGCACACAGAAGGAAAAUAAGUAGGAAAAAAAUGGCCAUUGUGAGGUCUGGUAGUCGACUGAAAAGAAAUGUUAAGCUUCAAAUACUUGAGGCUACAAUUUGUGCCAAAAAAUGUCUUUAUUAAUCCCACAAAACCAAUAAAAUGUAGAGUUUUCUUUCAUAAUAAAGUGAGCGGUGCUUUCUGUCUGGACAGGUGUUAAUAGCCAUUAUUUACAUGGUUAUUUCAGCCUUCAGUGGUCUACCGUUACACAAGCCGGAAUGGCUUUACGUUGAACCAUUUCCAAGAUACUGGCAUGUGAACAGAAAGGGAGAUAUUCCCAACUUUUAGAAACUCUGAAACAAACAAAAUGAUAGUUCUGAUGAUAGUUUCUGAUGCCUAACACAAUGCAGAUGGCUGUGAUCAAAGGUUCUGCAAAAUGAGUCGACAUUUAUACACUUAUUGUGCGAAGAGCAUUGUUGUAACAUAUAUAACGGAUCAUUGUUGAUGACUCCUCGGCUUUGUAAAAUUGACAUUUAAGAUUUGGGGGAAGGGGAUGGAGGGGGGGGGGGCUAGAACAUAAAUUUUUUUUGUUUGUUUUUCAUGUGUUUUUUGCAGCUUUUUGACUUUGUGGAACAAUUCAACUCACAUACACACUCUCCCCAGUAUUUGUGUGUGUGGAAGAAAAGGCUUUUUAUGUUAGUUGUAUCUUAUUAAUGUUUCUAUUUUCAUACAGUUAUAUAUGGAAUGUAAGUAAGGCCAUUAGCAGGCCAGAGUCAACCUGUUUCCAGUUCAGUCACUUCACCAUUAAAAUGAGUUUAUUGGCUGGAUUUCUACAGGUGGAAAUGUGAUUAAUGAAUACAAAGUCUUGAGGUUUCUUGACUUCUUGAGGUUUGCAAUGACACAUCAUGUAGCCUAUAGUAAUAGGAAGGAUAGCGAAAGGUGUUUGACUUGUAUUUUAUGAAGAAUUCAACGUUCGAUUUAUAUACCAUCACAAAAUUUCCUUCAGUGAUCUGACUGAACUGAACAGAGCUUGGCUGACACUGCAGUAAACUCACCUCUAAUAUUUCUACUACACUUUAUAAGUGUCUUAGUCUAUUGAUAUACUUCAAUUAAACAGAUAUCACAGUUUUAUAUCUCUGAAUGAAAAUCACCUGUUUGUCUGAAAUGACUGGAACCUGUAUUUGUACAGCCUGUUUUUUUAUCUGAGUACUAACCCAGGAUCGGCAAUGGCGAAUAUUAGGAACUCCAGUAUCAAAAAUGAUACCAAAACUGGUCCUCAAUCCACAAAAACCCUGAUUUUGGAUCAGUACUCCUUGUUGAAACGAGAUUGUAAAAAUAAAGGCUCCAUGACGAAACAGGCUACUUUUGUAGUCGUGUG